AUUAGGGAUUGCCAUCUGGGCUCGAUAUCAGAUAAAAAAAAAAAUGCACAAUAUGUCAAAACAUUUCAUUUCAAAUGAUUUCACAAUGUUAUUUUCAGGAAUAAAAUCUGCUGAAAGGCUUUACACACUUAACUGGGUAAUAUGAAUGAACAGCACCGGCACAGUUGGAGAUAGUUUUUUUCCAAUCUUAUCUUAUCUUAUCCUAUCUGUUAGCAUGAAACACAUCUGCCAGACAGAUCUCAUUGUUGACAGUAUCCAAUAUAAAGAAAUAUUAGCUUGGUAUAUGCAAAAAAUGCUGUGUACUGCUAAUGUUAAAAAUGUGACCCCCAAGAUUAAUUUGCAAAAAAAAAAGCUGCAUAACUUCAUGUAUAACUUAAAGUUCCUGUGUGGAUCUUUUGAAGUUUUAAAUUCAUAUUAAUGCCUUUCUACGAGAUACAAAAUAGACCAUAUUCAACAACAUUCGUGAUUUUUAUAUUGGUAUUUUUGAUGCCUAAAAUUGUAGGUAGAGGGUAGGUGUCAGCCAAGCAGGUAAAGAAACAGCCAUGUUUUUGCACCUUCCAUAUGAAAUAUUUACAAUAAAUGUUAUAUUUCACUGUCAAAAAUCAAAAUGAUGACUUUUUUUGUCAGAAAACGCUUUGUAAGCAUGAAGAGGACAAGAUAAUCAAAGACUGCUUUGUCCACUAGGGGCACUAAAUUUGAUACAAACCAAAAGUUCCCCUCAGGAGCGUUACGUAGCAUGGGUUAAUUUCUGCUACUUCCUAACAGUGAAUAUUGCAGCUAUGAGAAAGAAAAAAAAACUUCAAGUACAACUCAAAAAGUUUGGUUGAAAAGCAGAGGGUGACAAACCCUCAAUUUAUAAACAUCAUUUUUCAGACUCACUACUUGUUUUACCGUACUAAGAAAUCAACAUAUAAGGAUGAGCUCCAGCAAAAUAAAAACAUGAAAGAUUUCCAUUUCAAAGCUGUGAGAUCUGAAAACAUCAACAACAACAUGUCACCCUUUGCCGGUGUUUAUUCUUUGUUGCUUUUGUGAAUGUUUGGCCACAUUUACCUUUGAUUUCUUAAUGUUUGAAAUAGUCUUUAAAGCACAAUCCAUCUGUUUACCACUUUUUAGGCCAACAAAUGCCUCUAAUUCCACUUUAGGUUUGUAAGCUGUUUUCAUGAUUCUGAUUGUUCAUGUUUGGAGUCCUUCUACUAAUAAAUGUUUACAUUACCCCCAUUCUCCCUCCUGUGGAUUUUAAUUAGAGCCUGCUACUCUGGUGCCCAGCUUGGCUGUAACACCAGCAGUGAGCCUGUGGGUGACGACAGCUGGUGUUUCAGAGUCUGUACAAAUACAAAAGACCCUUUACAAAGUAUAUGAUGAGCUGGUUAUUGAUUGUUUUCUCACUUUGUUUCCAUUUUAGAAUUUGUACAAUGUGCAUGUAAAGUGAUGUAUAAUUGAUAACAUUUUAUAAUAGGGUAAAAAUACUUGUUUAUUACCAUGCUGCUUUUUAUUGGUGAUAACAAAACAUUGAUUUAUUGCUUAUUCUGUAUUAGCACAUCCCACACCAACUGAAAUAUUUACCAAGAGUUUUCCUCAAUUAUUGAUUCGUGUAAGAAAGUUAAUGUAAUCUCAUGUAAAUAUGACAAUUAUACACCCAUAAACACUAUAAAACCCUAGAUAAUUUAUGAAUUUAUUGAACGUGUUAUACCAAAAUAAACAGAACUUCAACCUCAUCAGUCUAAUGAGCUUCUUUGAAAGGCAAGUCAUUAAAAGCUACAACAUCCAGCUUUCAAAUGUUUUAUAUAUGGGUAGCUCACCAUCAUGGACUUGAAGCUGUGGCUGAGAUAUGACCUGUCAUAAUGUCUUGACUUUGUUUUGACAGUAGUGACAUUCGUCGUUAGCCUCAUGUUUAGCUGAAAGUCUUUCUACAAAGUUGGCAAUGUUCCAGUGCAGAGCUAUGUGCACUGUUUUUAUUCAUAGACUGUAAAACAUGGACAUACAUAGCCUCAGUAACAUCAGCCACUGGUUCCUAAAGCAGAAUAUUGUAGUCCAGUGAUGGUGGUUGCCAUAAAUGCUGAUUUAGCCUGAGAUGUGGAGUUGAAGCCGGCCUUUGACCUCCUGACUAACAGCUACAGUGUGCCAACCAUAGGCUGUAUAUAGGAUGGACGCCAUCUGCCUUCUUGCUUGGUGAAGCCACCCUGAGAACAGCACCCUCUGGUGACUGGCUGCAGUGUAGGUCAUAAAUCCUGCCUCCUCCAGCAAUCCCUAUGGAGCUGUGGCCAAACUUUAGAAAUUAAUUACACAGAAUAUACAUUUCUCUCCCCCCUGCUUGUGAUGUUGACAUGUAGUUACUGUAAGACUGGUUUGUGCUCAAGUCCUCUUUUUUUCUGUGCAGCUCCAUUUUUAAAAGUUAUUAGGGGGUUCAUGUUUUCUAUGAUUGACACUUGAUACAGCCUAUGGGUGUACAAAGAUUGCAUAGCUCACCCAGGGGAUUCGUUGUUUGAGCUGAGCGUCAUCACAGCAACUUUCGGUGAUUCUUCCACUGAAUGUGCGCAAUGUUACUGCGCAAGUGGUAGAGUGUGUACAACACUUCUGCGCAAUGUUGGUUUCAGGAAGUGGAGAAAAACCCCGGGAAUACUGAGAACUUUUCGGCUUUAAAUCCAUAUCCUGGCAGAACCAAGUUGUCAGAUAGUAUAUACAGUCUAUGAUGCCAGCCUGUUGGCCAAGUCAGCCCAACUCUGAAUUAUGUCUAAUCAUGCAAAACCUCAGCCUGUAUUUCUUCAAAAGAAUCUUGUCUAUGGUGGUCUUGUUUGCUUUAAGACAUCAUUAAAAGGUAUCAAUAGUAAUUUCAGUCUAUUUCAUAAAUGUCUAAAACACUCCUUAUUGGAGCUUUACUUAGUUAUGAGAUAUGAAAAGAUGAUUGACUGACAGCACUGUUGACAGAUGGGGGUUCCUGCAGAGUUGUGUUCCAGUUUAGCCGAGUAGAGGAGGAACAGCAGGAGAAAUGUAAUGAGCACUUACACAAGAACUUAACAUAGCUGAAGGUGUCUACUUCAAAUCCAUACAAUAGUCUGGGCUCUUUAGUUGAAUGCAUACAAUGUUACUGCGCAAGUGGUGGAUCCAGGAAGUGGAGAAAAUCCCAAAGAUACAGAGAGCAAUUCAGCUUCAAAUUCGUAUAAUGAAGGAAGGCGAAACCAAGUUGUCCAUCGUAUAUACAGUCUAUUGUGCCAAUAGAGAAAUGGUCAUUUUACACCAAACUGUUUUGAAUACACACAUUUUGAACAUGGGGUUAAAUGUACUCUACUGACCUUUUUGAUGCCAGCCUAAAUCCAACACUAGAAAAAAUGUAGAUUUUGCACCCCAGUACUGCAUGAAUUUUGUAAAGCAGGUGAUUACAGGUCGAUUUUUCCUAGUCUUGUCUCUCUUUUUACAACAACUCUGAGCCUUCCUGGAGGUUGAGCCUAGCUGUUUGGGAAUCACUGACAAUAACGACAGCAGCUAGUGAGUGCUGUUGACUGGAUGGGAGCUAUCCCUGGUGCUGAAUCGAAUUUUAUAUCUAGAUGUAUGCAUGCCUCUAAAACAGCUGGUACAUGCACACUACUGAAUGGUAACUAUCCAUGGUGCUGAAUUCUAUAGCGCUGUUCCAGUGAUGUCCAAACUUGUUUCUUAAAAAACAGCGGGACAAUGGACACAUAAACAUAGCAGUCAAAAAGGUAAGCCAUUCACAUUUAACAUCACAUCUAAGGACGUAAGAGUUUGUUGAAAAAAUGACGCCAGACUGAGCUAGUGUGGGAUUUUUGUGUCUGCUUCUUCAUAAAAAAAACUUGAAGUGUUAUUUUCUAAACAGGACUGAGACUCACUUUUGACAUUAACCAUGUAGGAGAGUGUGAGUCAAUGCAACAGAAAUGGCGAAGAAAAGAGACAGAAGCUGCAAUGUCUGAAAAAAGGGGCGUUUGUGUGUAUGUAUGUGCGUUUGAAGGGGUUAAAAAGUGAAAGGGUUUGGACCCCUGGACCCAAGAAAAAAAAAAGAAAGAUUAAAUCAGAGGAUUGCCAUUUCUGGAGCCCGUCGGUGCAUCUGCAGGUAUCCACCACUAUAAAUAAUGAGCCUAUAGGCCGGUGCCAUAAAGGCGGUUUGCAGUUCUCCCCUCUCACACCGCCCACCACACACUCUUUCUCUCUCUCUCUCUCUCUUUCUAUCUCUCACAUGCGCGCGCACCGAUACAUGCGCGCGCCCAUGCACAGGAGGUGGGAGUGGAUGCUCGUGUAGCUGCUGGAAGCCAGGAUGGGAUAAUCAUGCGUGUCUGGCUCCGGGCGUUGAUGCAGCUGCCGUUGCGGGAUCCGGACUGGACUUAGGGCGCAGGGUGGGUCUAGCUCCCGAUCUGGACCUCAUGUCGAUGUUAUCAAGUAUUCCGAGAAAGGCGAGGGCGAUGGCCGAGAGAGGAGUUGGUGCAGCUCUUUGAAAGCGAGAGAAAUCGACCGUUUUUGCAGAUGGAGGACAGAAUUCGCCGGUACUAAAGCGCAGCCCCGGUUUGGAAUAACUUGAGGACACGGAGGAAACCCAGGAAGGAUAUCGAGGGAGCUCUUCACUUCAUUUUUAUAUGUUUCUUUUUUAAUCUGGGCCGGAGAUAGAAGCGCACAGGGGAGAACGGAUCACUUUUGCAUCGGUAAUUAGGAGAGGACUGCCUCCUUGGAGCUGUAGCGGCAGCCGCAUCCGACCGACCAGGGGAGGGUGGUGGUGGUGGUGGUGGGGGGGGGAUAGGAUACUUGGAUGGAGAGGGCGCAGUGAGGGCUGAGAGAGCGGCUCGCCGUGUGUAGGAGGGGGACGGAGGGGAGACCGGGCUGUUUGAAGGGACGGGGAGCCAGGAGCGGCGCGGCGGCUCCAUGAGCGGCUCCUGCCGGGACAGAGAGCCCAGAGCCCAGCCGGAGCGUCUCCACCGCCGCGGGUAGAAGCCCCGGGCUGAAGGACGGCGGCCAGUUUGGAAGUUUUGAUGCAUAUGAUCACAACCACCAUGAUUUUUAUGAUUCUUGGUGCUUCAGUUGUUAUGGUAAGACAUUUCCACCUCCCUCUGCCACAACAAGGUUUUCUAAUGCACCCAAAAGGGCUAAUGUGUCAUUUCACAAUCACAAAAUAGCCAUAAAUGUGCCACAUUUGGUGUGAAAUUACCUUUUAGGAGGCCUAUCAAUGACAUGUGGAAGUAGGUUAGCCUACCUAUAAUUACCUGCUGUCAUAAAUAAAUAAUCUAAGUCCGUUUGGAGAGAGUACCCCUCUUUUAGAAACGGGAGGAUGUGCCAAGGCUAUUUUCUCCCCCUUUUUCGUCAUGAUCCCGAAAUGUUUUUAUUUAUUUUUAUACUAACAAUGAAAUUAAUCAUCAGCUGUCUGCAGGAAUAGCCUAGCCUUAUUGCUUGACAUGUCCCAGCUGACUUGCAUGCUUCUUUGCAGGCGAUAGCCUGUUUAAUGGACAUGAACGCACUACUGGAUCGCUUUCACAACUACAUCUUACCGCAUCUACGAGGGGAGGACCGAGUGUGUCACUGCAACUGUGGAAGGUAAAUGCCAUCAUCCUCCUUCAAUAUUUGAGAUAAACAUGGUGGUGUGUGUUUUUUCCACCCGUCAAUUCUUAAUUGCUGAAGAGGCCUCGGAGAUUUCUGGCGGUGGAGCCCCGCAAAGCGACCACAGAUCAGCCUGUCUGCGCUCUCACAGCGGCUCAUCUGCGCGGAGAUUUCAUUUUUAUUCCUCGCUUUAACACGAAUCUCGAGGACACAUUUGGUCCCGGUGUGUGUUUUGUAAUACGGCUCUCGACUGCGAGAAUUUGGGCUUUGCUGCAUAUACGAAGGUGUGUGUCGGAGCCAUAAAUAGGUAAUGAACUAUGAGCAAUGUAAGGCCGUUCAAAAACAAUCUGAGCAUCAAGUGCGCUGCACACAGGCCUACACGGCGAGAAUAUCAAACCUGCUGGGACAAUUAUGAACAUAGGAGCGUGAAAGUGAUGGGGUUAUAUAGCUGAAGAAGCUACAGGGCUGAGACUGCUCAUGAGCCUACCUGCUGUGUGCUGUCACAGAGAGAGCGGGGCUGAAGUGGGGGGAAACAGCAGCAAGACACUCAUUAAUAAAUUACUCCGGAUUUAAUUAGCAUUAUUGUGCAUUUUCCAGCAACUGUAAGCAUGGAAUACAGCAGAGGCUGAGCAAAGACACAAGAGGGCCUGUUUUUCUCCCAUAAAAUCUACACAGCCAGAGGGUACGGCAACAGUGUUAGAGUAAGAUUUAGAGCAAGAGUCCUUUAAUCCACUGGUUUCACACCUGUAUGGUCCUCAGAUAUUUAUAUUAACCUAUAUCCCGCAGCCACGAGAAGAGGACAAGUCUCUAUGCUGGUGCAAGCUGAACAGAUGCACAUUAAAACAAAACAGCAGUCUAUACUGUGCAUACUGCAGUGAGGGGGCUGAUACAAGCAGUUCAUUAGCAGCAUUAGGAGGCCAGUUUCCCAGUGUGUUUUUGAAACCUGCAAAGCCACAAAUGGGUCAUCAUCAGGUAUGAUCAGAUUAUUCCUGUCAGGGAGGGAUAAUCUCAGUCAAAGUUUGAAAAGGACUCCCACACACGCUGACGGAUACAAUAUGACAGGAUUUGGGAUGAGAUGAUGCAUCACUGAUAGUUUUAUUUGGUAAUAUUUUGACAAUCAUGUCAUCCUAGCUUCUGCCAAAAGGGGACCAGUUACAUAUGUGAGCAGGAUUGGAAGAAAACAAAUUCAGAAAAGCAGCAUUUGGUUAUCAACUCCAUCCUGCUGGGACACUGUGUAAAGUGUUCAUAAAAACAGAGUUUCAUAAUUUUUACAAAAUUUACACAACAUAUAUAAUGAAAAAACAACAACAUAUAAAAUGUUGAAAGUGAAAAUGUUAUUGUUUUAUUAAAAAUAGGAUAUUUUCAUUUUAAACUUGAUGCCAGCAACAUGUUCCAGAAAAGUUGGGACAGAGUUUAGUUGACCAUUGUGGGGCAUCAGCUCUUCUUCAACACUCUGUUGAUGUUUGGGAACCAAGGAGUCCAGUUCCUGGAGUUUGAAAGUAAAAUGUUGUCUCAUUCUGUCCUCAUGUAGGAUUUCAGACAGUCAACAGUACUGGUGUUUGAUGUUCUUAUUGUUUUUAUUUUAUUUCCUUCAUAAUGAUUCACCAAAUGUUUUCAAUAGGUGACAAGACAGGACUGCAGACAGGCCAGUUCAGCACCUUAACUCUGCUACUACAAAGCUGUGCUGUUAAACUUGCACAAUGUACUUCUUCUCGGUAAUUUAUUCAAGGUCUUCCUUGAAAAUAAAAACAUUGGAUGGCAGCAUAUGUUGCUUUAAAACCUGUGUAUAUCAUUGAGCUGUAAUGGUCCUAUGUAAGUCAGCAGAGGACGUGAUUUCCCAAAAGAAAGUCAAAUUCUGAUUUGUUAGACCACAGGAGAAUUUUACACUUCCCUUCAGUCUAUUAUGAGGGGCUUAGGGCCAGAAAAGUUACCACUGUCUCCAGAUCAAAUUAGAUAUGCUUUCCUCUUUGUAUGCUUAUUUUUAACCUGAAUUAACCUGCAGCUACCAACUGUUGACAGUGCUUUUUAGUCAAUGCAAUGAUUUCCACUACAGAGUCAUGUAUUUUCUUUUAAUGCAGUGCUGCCUUCCACCCGGUAUUGGAUUUUGACCUUGUCUGUUUUUGAAGAGAUUUCUCCAGAUUCUUAAAAUAUCUAGUUAAUGUUAUGAGCUGAAGAUGACAAAACCCCAAAGUUCUUUACAAUUUUACAACAUUGAGGAACAUCAUCAUAAAACUGCUGAACUAUCUACUCACGCAGUCUCUCACAGAGUGGUGAACCUCUUAACCUCUUUACUUCUGAGAGACAUAUCCUCUCUGGGAUGCCUUUUUAUACCCAGUCAGGUUUCUAGCCUGUGGCAGAUAAAUCUUAUUAGUUUGGAGAUGUUCCCUUGGGUUUUUUUUUUAGCAAGGCACAACUUCCUCAGUGUUUUGUUGUCCCUGACCCCAAAUGUUUUGAUACGUGUUGCUAGUAACAAAUUCAAAAUUAUUUUUUUUCACAAAAAGAGCGAAUGUUCUGUUUCAUUUGAAGUAUUUUCAAUUAUCAAUUGAAUAUAGGGUUUUAAUGAAUUAUGAAUCAUGAUAAUUUGUUUUGUUUAAUCAACAUUUUACAUGGCUUCUUAACUUUGUAGAAUGAGUUUUGUGCAUCAGCUGCCAAAAUUCUUUUUUCUCCCAAAGCAUGGAUCAUAUAUAGCAACAAAAAAAAAAGUAAAACCAUAUUAGGCUCAUAUCAGACUACAGGUUACUGUACCCAGUGCCAUGUCUCACUGACCUGGAAACAGUCCUGAAUGGGAAUCAGUCACUUGUUCUCACAAAUACAGCAGAAACAUCAGAUAAACAGAGUCAACCUGAGCUCGGGCUUCACUCGUCCGCCCUUCCAUCCGUGAGGCGUGGAGGUGUCAUGACACCCACAGCGCUCACCUUAUCAGGCUUGAGGACACAGCCAGUGUCAUUUUUAUUUGGCAGCCUCUGAGCUCUGAUUUGGAUGUGGUUGUUGCUCCUCUGACGGGCCAAAGCCUGGCCUACAGUAUAUGCCUCUGAGGACAGAGGGGAUCUAGGAGUGGACUGUGUGCAUUGCUGGGUGCACGCUGCUAAUUGGUGUCAUGCUGUUGUGAAAAGCUGCAGGAUAGAUGUCCUAAGAUGAUCUAAAUGCUCUUAUUGUGGAAGUUUUAUUCUUCAAUCACACAGAACAACCAGAUAAAGAGGACACAUGGUCACAACGGUUUGUAGGAUACAAGUGAACAGGACUGAGGUUUAUUUUAGUUGGGUAAAAAGGUAAAAAGGCAGCUUCUGAUCAUCCCUUAUACUCUGGGAUUUGUAGAAAAGCCUCAGAGAAAUUCAAGAAAACUUAAGGGUGAUGUUUUCCCCCCUUUUUUUAAAUACUGAACAUCUCCUUUUGAGAAGCUAAAAUGGUUAAUGGACAUUGGUGGCUCUGUUUGGUCUAAGAAGGAUCUUUAUUCACCCAUGUGGCCAGACUCUUUAAUCAGUAAGACACUUCAGUUGAAAAUCUGCAAGAUGUGGGUCUUCUUCGUUAUUUUACCUGCAAGGCGUAGUGUUGUUUCUGCUCUGUCCUCAGAGAUCACCUGUCAGUCAAAAACAAAAGAGUGGACACUCUGCUAAUGAAGUUUAAUUUCUACAAGGGGAGUUUGUCCUUUUACCACAUCUGUUUAAGAGUCUCACUUCUUUUUCAAUGUACGCCAAAAAGGCUGUAAACAUCAGUAAAACUUUAGAAAACUACCCAGUGCAUCAAAGAACACAAGGUAGCAGCAUUUUUCAGAGUUUUACUACUAGUGUGUGUGAUCCGUUGACUGUAUGAAACAAGAGGAGUUUUAAAGCCUUUAACUCAACCAAACUUUAGAUCAACUUAGAAACAGGGCUCUAGGCUGAAAGCUGUAACAGCCAGCCUAGUCAAUGCUAUGCUUCUGCAUCACCAAACAGCGUUAAAAGGUGGUGCCACCAUUCAGUUUUGUUGUUACCCAGAGAAUUCAUGUUGUUAUGCUCCAACCACGAAAGACUCUUGUAAGUGAUGAGUUUGUGCAGAAAUUCUGAUAUUACUUGCUAUCCUGGAGCUACUGCAAAGUUGCAAAUGACUGCUAGAUCUCCACCAUAGACUGUUGAUACUAUGGACAACUUGGUUCAGCCUUUCACUAAUAUACGGAUUUGAAGCCAAAAAGCUCGCUGUAUUUCCGUGUGUGUUCUUCAUUGUCUAAAACCAACAUUGUGCAGUAGUGUUGUACGCACUCCACCACUUGCGCAGUAGCAUUGUAUGCUUUCGGCGGGAGAGUCACCGAGAGUCGCUGUGACUACGCUCAGCUCAAACAGCAUAUCCCCCGGGUGAGCUAUGUAAUCUUCAUAUGCCCAUUGGCUGUAUUAAGUGUCAAUCAGAGAAAACAUGAACCCCAAUAACUUUUAAAAUUGGAGCUGUACAGAAAAAAGAGGACUUGAGCACAAACCAGUCUAACAGUAACUACAUGUCAACAUCGCAACCAAGGGGGAGAAAAAUUGUAUAACCUGUGUAAUAAAUUUCUAAAGUUUGUCCACAGCUCCAUAGGGAUUGCUGGAGGAGGUGGGAUUUAUGACCUAUACUGCAGCCCGUCACCAGAGGGUGCUGUUCUCGCAGCGGCUUCACUCAGCAAGGAGGCAGAUGGCGUCCAUUCUAUAUACAGUCUAUGAUCUCCACCUACACUAGCUGUGUUACUACAAAGCCUCCUAACAAGCAGCCUGAUGCACCUGACCUCUAUGUCAGCUUGGCCACGCCCUUAAUUUAGCAAACCUAUACGUACAAAUCUUAGUCUUGAUAUCUUAAAAAAAGAUAAGUUAUUGAAAAGAAACAAACAACCUGUGCACAGUGUGUAUAAAUGAAGACACAAGCUUUUUAGAGACCAAGCCUGUCUUUUGAUCUGGGCUGUAAACACGUUUUAUUUUGCUGUUUUUAUGGGCAUUUCUACAUCAGUGUAAAUGAGAAUUCUUGGCCUUUGUAGUCAGCCUCAAGUGGACACUCGAGGAACUGCGGUUUUGGCGUUACCUUAUUGGCUUCGUAUUUUAACAUUAGAGGUUGCUGCUUGUUUGGAACAAAAUGUUCAGUUUGGUUGCUGGUUUCAACACAGACUCUGUACUGGCACUACUUCUGUUAUUUGGAAACGCAGAAGGGAAGUCUCAUGUUUCUUUAAGGUGAUUCAAUCACGUUCAGCUUGGAUAGUAGUUUCCAAGUAGUGUUUCAACCUCCUGAUGAAGAGUAGCUGUGAGAUGUCGUGGUAAUGUUGCACUAGACAGAUGCUUUAUUCAAUAAGUGCAUUGAACCCUGUAACUAGCCAUUCUCACAGUAUUUACAAUCCUACAUACUUGUAUCUGAGGCUUUUGUCCUCUUUGCCUGAGAAAUUUGCUUAAUAAGCUUCUGUCAUAACUGGUGGUUGAUUAUUUCAGGGCAGCCCAAAAAAUUUGUAAUACAAGCUGUGGGUGUAGAAGAGAAUGUGUGGGCAUUUACCAAGCUGGGAGAAUCUCACAAAAUACACUUUAAUGUUGCAGAAAAGCUGGAGUGAGUCCUGUGUUUCUGGAGUGAUGCCAGUGGUAGGAACAAGAAGUCAGGGUAACUCAGUCAAUGCUGCCUCAGUUCUUACUAUUAUUUUUUUAAAUCAGUGUCUUGCACAUUUAGUGGAUUGAAUUCAGGCUGUCAUAAUUAAAUGGCCCUAAAAUAUUACAACAAUGAUAGAAUUGCAAUAUUUCUAGAAUACUUUAAACUAAAAGAAUGCAUUCAGUCAAACUGAGGGAAGGCAAGGCAAGGAUGGAGUAACAUAUGACUUCAUAAACAUGACUGAUACAAGCAAUUACCUGACAUGUCAUCAUCUAUUUUAUAUGAUGUUUAAAUGUAUGGUUUAUCCACAUCACCAGCCAAAACUUCCAUUGAGGAGACUUUAUCUUCAUGCUUUUCAAAAAUAUUUUUCUCUUUUGUUAUUAUGUGGAUUUAUUUUCUGCAUGCUCUUAUUUUUUUAAAUAUACUACUCCUGGUAGAUCAUAAUUUAUAGGACGGAAGAAAGCAAGAAUAUUGGACAUAAAAGUUAAGGAGUAAUCCAAAAAGGCAUCAGCUUUAAAUUAUUAUAAGAUUCACCAUAAAUGUAUGGACAAGCACUCGUCGAAAGACAUCUGAGUGCAGGUGUUACAUGCUGGUGUGCACCAUAAGAAAUUUGGGAUUUUGUGUCCAAGAGCACCUCGACAUUACUCAGACGGUCAAAUGACACCUCUCUAGAUGCCUUUCCAACCUCCAUAUGUUGGUCUGUGCACAGAUUUGAACCUGCCACUUUCCAGUGCCUAAUCCAAACCCAUAGAGACAGAGCUGUUUUUGCCUAUAUAUAAGUGCUAUGGUAACCCCUAAGUUCAGUUUAAUUUUGAAAUCUCUCACUGACCAUAAUAGAAUAAACUUGAUUUAGUGUCCAAAAGUGUAUGAGCAGAGGUCUGUGUUCUUCUAUUCAGCAGGUAAAUCCCUCAGCUGCCCCCUGUGUUCUUACUCAUUAUUUGUCAGGCAGUUUAAUGCCUCCACCCCUCUCAGGAGGUGCAGGUAUAGUAUAGUUUACUAUAUUAGUGUUGUAAAAACGUGUUAGUUUUAUUUACUAAGCUGCUUCAAAAUAAAGCAGAGUCAACACUAGACACUGUAGCAGAGUGAGCAUCAGACAUUAGAUAACUGUUGACCUGCAGCUGCUGCACACACCCCUGUGGAUUUGUGGAAACAGAAUUAAAAGCAGAUCCAGAAUGGGAGCUUUUAUGUCUCUUCAACUUGGAUUGCGUCUACAGAGACAUUUUCAGCCGAGCAUUUCUUCUGAUCUUACUUUGUGUAGAUCAUUCGGCAAUGAUACAAGCUGGAUGAAAUUCUUUUAGAAGAUGCAUUUCUCUUUGCAAAAUUAUUUUCAGCCUGAAAAUGUUCACUGUGCAGGUUUUCAUGAAGCGAGUUGCUGCAGUGUUGCUUUUUUCUUAUUUUGGACCUUGAGGUUUUUUUCCCCCUGAAUUCACAAGUAGCAGCCAGUUUCCUUAAACUUUUUCAGCCACAGCUGCCUGGAGUGCAGCCUGGGGACACCCAGCAAAGUGCGGAUUAGUGCAAUCUGAUUAAAAUUUAGAUAGAAAUCUCCAGACAUCACCCAAGCUAGAGUGGGUAUAUAAAAUAUAAAAACACCAUAUGCAAGGUGGACAGUUUUUUUCACCUCAACACAUGCACACACACCUGCAAACACACAUAGACAUAGACACUGGAUAUUUGCGUCUCAGCCAUUUGAGUUUGUAUAUUCCCCUCAGACUAGCUUAUCAAACAGUCUGUGGUCCUUGGGAUCAAGGAAUUUGGAAAAUUCAGUUUCAAGGAGGACUGCAUCGUAUAAGGAAAACAUGUCAACAGUGUUUAGUGGUGCAAUAAUUUAUGACUUACAAUGUUUAAAAAAAUACUGAAAAAGAAACACUUUUUAUGGGAUGCAUUUUUAAACAGUACCUUUGUCACCUGUAAUGAUUCAAAAACAGUCUUAGCCAGCAGAAAUACUUAUUGCAUCUACAAAGUCUGAAUUUUUCUUUCCUCUUACCCUGUUCAGCUAUUAUGCUAGAAAAUCCUGCAACUGGUAUCAAAUUUGAGGUGUCUGUUUUCUUUCUGGGACUUUAUCUGGUUUUCAAAAUAGUGUGGAGGCAUUGCUCAUGUAUUCAGGGCUGCAUCUGAUUGGUUAAAUAACAUUCUUGCUGAGUGCCAAUGCAAAAAUUUCAUGAUGGAAGAAUGUUUCAAUAACACCUGUCAGCUGUUGUUGUUUCAAGCAAAGGUUACAAGAAAACUUCGGACCACAUGAGUUGAGAAAAAUCCACUCUGCGUUGGCAAUUUUUUAGGCAUUUCGUUUCAUUUAUAAUUCCUCUAUAAAGGGUUAGAGAAGCAAAGAAAUGUUCCUUUCUAUUGAGGGUUUCUGUUAGUUUACGGAUAUCUUACACGUCCAUCACCCUCUCCUGUCUGUCGUCCCCUCAGGCAUCAUGUCCACUAUGUAAUCCCAUACGACGGGGACCAUUCCUUGGUGGACUCUUCAGAGAACUACUUUGUGAGUGACAGUGUGACCAAGCAGGAGAUGGACUUGAUGCUGGGGCUGCUGCUGGGCUUCUGUAUCAGCUGGCUGCUGCUGUGGCUGGACGGAGUCCUACACUGUGCCGUCAGGGCCUGGAGGGCGAGCCGCUACUAUGGUAAGCAUGAUAUUAUCUACUGCUAUAGCCUGUUGCAAAUACGCCCAAAACCACUCAUUGUUGAACUCAGCAAUCCUUGAAAUUCCAUAUAUUUCUUUUCAAUCUUUCUGCAUCGACAUAACUAUGUUAUAGGCUAUAACGAGUGACAAAGUGUGCACAUACAGCAGCACACUCAGAAUAACUAUAAUCCUGGCUCAAAAUAUCUGUAAUUCAAAGCAUGAUUUGUUGUGUCAAAUGCUAGGCUGUUAAGAAAUUGCUUGUGUGCAGAAUGUGUCUAUCUCAUCUCACAAUGUAUGCAAGGCAAGCACUUGGCAUGUAAACACAGCAGGUGGUAGAGCUCGGGUAGUUGACCUCCCAUUGCUUGGCCCAUUUUCCCCUCUUCACGCUGACUUUAAGGUUGCAACCUUGAGACAAUUCCCCGUUAAACCUUGAAAACCUGAAAAGAUUCAGACGUCUGUUAACAUCAUCAUCAUCUUCUUCUUACUGCUAAUUUGUUUUCAGGGAGCAGCAGGAAUCAAAUGCUAAUGUAAUAGCACAUCCAUUAAGUGUAAUUACUAUGUUGUGAAUAUAUCAAGCUCGGUGUUUAUGAAGUCUUUAAUAAUCCACAUACAGCCAAAGCUCAGUGAGAGCUGUGAUAGUGAUUAUUGGGACAAAAUAAGCAGUUAUUUCAUACAAUUUUUGGAUGAGUGACUUCUAUGAAAAAAACUCUCUAUGCAACAAAGUGAUCAAAUUUGGCAUUUCUUUGUUUCUUUAAUAUCCCAAUGAUGUUUAUAAGUAACUACUUACUUUGUUGUUUUAAGGGAUAUUUACAUUUGCAGAGUUAGCACCACCUUAGGGGUCAACGUCCAAAUACCUGUGCUGGUAACACCAGUUUUGUUAACCAGACAAAGCCUGAACAGAGUUUCAGCUACAUUAUUCUGGUACAAAAUACUGCCAAACUGCACUUGACAACAAGGUGGUACUCAUCUUCUUUGCCUGUUUAGAUGCAGGUAGUAGACAAUUGCAUUAUUAUGACAGCCUUAAUAAACUGUGGCUACAGCCGUAGCAAGUGGCAGGUAGCUGUUCCACUGUGUAGACACAACAUAAGGCCAGCAUCUCAGGCCAAAAUUAAUAAAAAUAUAAAUAACUUUCCACAUGAACAAGUAAUUCUGGUGCCAGCAAGGGUUAAGGAAUUCAAUUGUUAAGUUAACUAAAUACAUAUGUCCCUAAUUCAUAAUUCCCUUUCAGUAUAUACCUUAUAAUUCUUUCCUUCACAUUUAAUGGUGUACAGUAUGAUCUAAACACUAUGUAUUUACCUGAAUGGAAAACAAAAAUAGCUUUGCAGGCUGCAAGUUAGCUAACAGACUAAAUGUUAAAUCUCAUGAUAUUUGUGGCUAAAUUACUAUUUUUUUGUUAAAUUAAAUGCUUUUAUUGUGUGAAUGGGAAAUUUUAGCCAUGUGUUUGUAUUGUUCAUUAAAAAUAAAAAAAGUUUACACCUUAUUAGGAAACAAUCAUAACACCUUUCUAUGGUUUAAAACAAAAGUUUUCCCUUAAAAAAAUAUGUCUGAUAGCAUGGCAUUGGUGAAAUCAGCAUUUUUUGUUGGCCUAAAUGAUUUAAAUUUACAGAGAAAAUUGCUCAGGAAGAGCCAUUCCUUGGACAGAUGUGAUGGCCGAAUGGGGGAGACAGUAGAUAUAGAAAGUCAUCCAUUUGUCUUGAUGAGGAGAGACUUGAGUAACCACAAGCCGGGUCCUAAAAGAGGGUCUCAAGAGGCAAUCAGGCUCACGUAGGGUUAACACAUCCCAUAAACAAGCCAACUUCAAACCAUUCAAUCAGUUUUGCAAUUGACAGGCAAUUUAUGAAAGGAGACAAGGAUUUGGGUAAUGGGGUCACUUCUCUUGGAGUGUGCCAUUAAUGCAGGAGUAGUGUUCUGUAUUAAAUGUAGCAUGCUGAUAUUUCUACUGCCAAAGACCAUUGUCACAAUCAGCCUGGAGGAGACAAAAGCAUGAAUGACCCUCUCCAGUGCUGAAUCUUACCGUUGUGCUCCAGUUGAAUAAAACACAAUUGCACCACUUGGUUUAACAAUGCCAGAACUGAGACUGAGUUCUUCUGGUUUAAUUCACAUACAAUACUUAAAAAUGUGAGAGAAAAAAAAGGAUUCAUCCCAAUGCAGGAUUUAUCCGCAACACAGAGCUCUGUUUGUAUUAUAAACAGCAGGUCUGUUCAUUCCUAAAGGAGAGCAUAGUGACUAAAAAUAUCAAGGGACCCAAAAUAGACCCUUGGGGGACUCCACGGGGAGAGAAAAGCUUCCAGUCUCUUCAGAAGUAAACCACUUUUUUUUUUUUACUAUUUCAGAAAUGCCAUCAAACAUUUUUUAAGAAUUGAUUUAAAUAUACUAAGUCACAUUCUUUGAAGGCUGAUCUAAGGCCAAGACAAAAUAAAGCAAUAGUUUUAGGCCAGUGAUUUUGGAGCUGGGGGCAUGGUGGAGCUGUGGUUGGCAUAAUCACAAGAAGGUCCCCUGUGCAAAUCCUCCAGCCAGCAGGGCCCCUGCAAGGAGUUUGCAUAUUCUCCUUGCUUUUUUGGUUAACUGGUGACUUUAAUUAAAUGGGUAUGAAUAUGAGUACAAAUGGUUGUCCCUCUUUUUUAAAAUGGACUGUGGUAGACUCAUGGCCUUUUCUGGGUGAACUCCAUCUCUUUCCCAAUGACAGCUGGGAUCCGCUCCAGCCCCCUCACUAACCCUAACAGCUGCACAGAUAAUAUAAAUUUAAGGACCUUUGGGCUCCUGCAAGUUCCUUACAUUUGCUUGGCAAACCAGUCUCUCAAUAUUUUGUGAAAAAGUCUUAUAUAUAUACUUUUUAAACUUGUAAAAAAUGUCCCUUUUUGUUUCAGUGAGCAAUAAAAAAAAAGAUUUCAAUUUAAUGUAUUUUUUUGUGCUUGAAACACAAAAAUGCUUUGGUAACUGUCAGUCAAAUUGUAUCAAGAAAAUUACUGGUACAUCCAUCAGAGUGUUUCACUAAAAAGCCAUUUUCUUCAUUUUUUUGGAGGAGACCACUGCCUGCAUCCAAAGUGAUACUGGAGGUCACUGUUGCCAAAUCUAAAUCUCUCCUUUCCGAGUAGUUUUACUGCCUCAACAUGACAGGUCAUAGUUACUUUAGAGUAAACCACUGGGACUGUAAACAGUUGAAGUAUUUCAUUGAGAAAAUAAAAAGUGGGACGUAAAUCCAUACAAAAAAAGAAACUUUGAGACUUUGCGACUGUACAACAGUAUCUGACCUCUCAAAGCCUUUUGGGUUAAGGGUAGAAGAUAAAUUUAGGAUUGAACAAUUUUAGUUUGAAAGACAGAGUGACUUUGACCCACAAGUAAAAUCUAUGUAUUAUAAUUUGAUUGCUAUUUCUCUAGCUGCUCUACAAACUGAGUUACCUGGAAACAACAGGAGCAUAGUCUGAUCACUGUAUUGGCCAGAAAAGAGUUCUAGUUUAAAUUCCCUGCAUAGCCACAAUUUGUCAUUUUUAUACACACACAAAUCCAGAUUUGGAGAUAUAGCACAUUUGUAUCCCAAGAAAUUAGAGGCAGUAGCAGAAAUAUUUUGAUUUUCCCCCAUAUAGAACCAAGUCAGUAGUUUCCCUUAAGCUUGUGUCCUUUUAUUUAUUAAUGCAGUGAUGCUGCAUAAAUAUUUGAGGCCUUGGUGCCUGUUUUGUACUGUAUUAUGGAGGGUACUUAGCAAAUAUAUUAUUUGUCGAGUUUUCCUAUGAACAUUGCAAGGUAGGAUCUCUGGGAUCAAUUUAUGUGAAUCUGCAGUGUAAGGGGUUGAAAUAGUGUCACUCUCACUGAUACCUUUUUUAAUGACCAACAUAGUAAAAUAAAAUAAACAGGGUUAUUUGUUUGUUCUGAGCUUAAGUUCCUGUGUUUUUUCACAAAAAAAGCUGAGUCAAUAUUCAUCAAUCUUAUGGCUUUACUGCAGCAGGAUUAUUGUUUCAGACAGAGAAACCUUCUGAUACUGUGAUACUACGCUCAGUAAAAAAGUGUGUGAAUGCUUCACUUCUUUGAUGAUCGGAGUUAAAGCUCCUGUAAGGAACUUUUGUUUGUGUCAACUUUGGUGCCCCCCUGUGGACAAAGCAGUCUUUACUUGUCUUGUCCUCUAAAUGUUGAAGUACUUUCUCUUCUCAAAAAAAUCUUACUGUGCUGACUUUGACAGUAAAAUGUUUAAUUUAUCGUAAACAUAUGAUUUGAAAGUUGUAAAAACAGGGCCGUCUCUUCAGCUGCUUGGCUGACACCUACCCCCUUGCACCAGUUUGAGGCAUUAAAAUUUACAGAGUAAAAGUCGGCAACACAAGAGCCACGUUAUUAGGACAGUGAAUGAUGGUGUUUAUAACACAGAUUUCAUCCAAAGGGUUCACCAGAAUAAACACAACAUGAAAGCUCCUAACAGCACCUUUGAGAGUUUUUUGUGUUAAUCGAAUGGAAUAAAAUUUAUACUGAUGCCUUUUUAUAACAUGCAAAAGCAAAUGAGACCAUCAGUGGAAAAGUUGUUGACUUUUACGUGAAAACUUUUAAUACCUAAAGCUGAUGUGAGGGGUGUCAGUGGAGUAGCAAAAUGAAAGCCUUGAUUUUACAUUUUCUACAUAACGUAUUCAUUAUAAAUGAUGUAUUUGACUGUCAAUAGUCAGCAGGAUGAGAUUUUCAUUAAAAGAUUCUACUUAAGUAUGUAAAUGAUAUCAUAUGCAAAGACCGCUUUAUCCAAAGGAGGCUCUAAAAAGGACACAAACAGAAAAUUUCUCACAAGAGCUUUAAAUAUAUAUGUAUAUAGUUGCUUUUCCCAUUGGUGCUUUGUAAGACCUUGUUGUGGUUUGUUAUUAAGGGUGCUUUGCUUUAGGUUUGCCUUUGUCCUCUGGCUAUAAAUGCAUUUAUUGCUGGUGUAUCCCUGAAUUCAACCCUAAAUGUGUGGAAAUAGAGCUUUUUUAAGGUGGACUUAAAUCAUUUGGGUGUCAGGUUUUGCCUGCCUAAAUAUUUUAUGUUGUUAUUUUUGGAUGCAUUCAUCAUUCAACAUAGAGUGGUUUACUUUCUUACCCUCAUCUAUGAUAAUGGAGACUGUAUUGUUGUAAAUUAAGGUUUCAUUUUUAUUCCCUCUCAAUAUACACAGAGGAUUUGGUUACUUGCAGACUUACAGCCACUCCUUAUUUAAGAUUGCCUCUCAUUGUCACAAACCAUUUGCUUGAUGAAGGUCUUGCACCAAAUGUCUCAGCAAAUAAAUGUUUUAGUUGAAGUUGGACAGCAGGCUGGCUCCUGCUCCAUACUUAAUGCCAGCACAUGAGAGUUACCUCUCUCUCUCACUUUACAGGAGACAAAAAAUGAAUAUGCCAGGGUCCAAAAAUAUGCAACUGUUCUUUUUGAUACCCCUGCAGCAGUCCUGUUCCUGUUAUAGAACCAGAAACUGUUUUGAUCUUUUAAAAUGAAGCAGAGCAGAGCAGAGCCAAACUGCACUGAAGAUUGGGAGCGAGUCGCUGAGCCAGGAUGAUGUGUUUAUCCACUCAUGCUGACAGAAAACAUUGUGCCCUUGCUUUGGACAGAAAGAUACAGAUGUGUGUUAUGAAAAAGCCCGGUCACAGCAGACAUUAUGACUUGUCACUGAAAGGAAAGCUCAGAUGUUGUUAAUUACAUAAAAGAUCACUCACUUCUAUUUAAAUGUUUAGGGUUACUAAAGUUCAACAUGAAAAGUAUCAGGAUACUGAAACUGAUGGAAUUCAACCAUCAUGUCUUAAUGUGCAUGUUUUCUAUCCUCAUAUUUAAUUUACUGUUUAUUUCAAAAAACUAAGUGUGCAUCAACACAUAUGUGAAGGACAAUCUUGCUUAAAAUCUGAAGCUCUUUGUGAGCUGGCUGUCUUGACCACAGCCACAGACAAUACAACAGCUACCCCAAGUGAAGCCAAAACUUUUAGAGCUCCUCCUGUUGGCUGGCUGCUACUUUAAGUGUUAACAGACAGACAAUAGGUCAAAUUAUAAAAUUUAAGUAUGCAUCCAUGUAUAUUCUCAAACAUACUGCCAUCAUUGUUCCUCAUACUUAGUGAUGGGAAUAACGCUAUUAAAAUAAACAUGUUAUUGUAACGAUGUUAUUUUUUUCAGUAACUGGUAAUCUAACUAAUUACUAUUUCCAUUGUUACAUCACCAUUACCGUUACCGACAAUUAAAUGAGGCGUGUCACAAACUAUUCAGUGGGGUUGUUGUCCUCUGACUUGGCUCAUCUCAGCCACAGAAGCUACAGAUUACUUUUUUUAGGGCCCGAGCGUAGCUGCUAAGCAGCUGCGAGAGCCCUCUUGUUCCUGAUGGAUUCUUCUUUUGUUAUUAGGGCCCGAGCGUAGCUGCUAAGCAGCUGCGAGAGCCCUCUUGUUCCUGUAGUUUCCUUCUUUAGGGCCCGAGCGUAGCUGCUAAGCAGCUGCGAGAGCCCUCUUGUUCCUGUAGUUUCCUUCUUUUGUUAUUAUUAGGGCCCGAGCGUAGCUGCUAAGCAGCUGCGAGAGCCCUAUUAUUCCCCAAGGGGUUUUUCUUUGUUUCUUUUUUCUUUUUCCUCCCCUUUGAACUGGAAAAUGGCCCACUUCCCACUAGCGAAAACUCAUGAAAUUUGGCAGGACGACCGGGCCUGGUGAAAAAUUUGAUAUUCCGAAGUCGCCCAAACAAGAAAAUGCAAAAUGGCUCCAUAGCGCCCCCUAAGGUGAAAAUUCACACUAUUGAGUGUCACGCCUGUACGCUUUGUCAAAAUGACACAAAAUUUGACACACACAUGUAUCUCAAUAAGAUCUACAAAAAAGUCAGUGCGGGCGUAUCUGUCAAAUGUACGGUUAAAGGGUUAUUUCGCAUUUUUUGCCGAUCCGCACACAUUGGAAUUUCGCUAACUCCUCCGAAGGCUUUCGUUCCACCGGCACCACAUUUGCUCAGGCCAAUCUACACCCCAUGGCCAUUAAAAGUUAUUCAAAUCAUGACGCUGCACCCCACGGUUUAGGUUCUAGGGGGCGCCAAAGAUAACCCUAAAAUCCACAUAUUUAAAAGUCUUAUAACCUUUUAUUUUUGCCCUCACUGGCCUCCAAGUUUUCUAGGAUGAUGCAAUGUCCAGCCAUCAACACAUUUGUGAAGGAAUUUUUACUCCCCAAAAGAGCGCCCCCCCAUGGCAGGAGAAAAAAGUCCAUUUUUUCUUGUCCCCUAAGGUGAAAAUACACAUUGUUGAGUGUCACGCCUGUACGCUUUGUCAAAAUGACACAAAAAUUGACACACACAUGUAUCUCAAUAAGAUCUACAAAAAAGUCCACGCGCGCGUAUCUGUCAAAUGUACGGUUAAAGGGUUAUUCCGCAUUUUUUGCCGAUUCGCACACAUUGGAAUUUCGCUAACUCCUCCGAAGGCUUUCGUUCCACCGGCACCACAUUUGCUCAGGCCAAUCUACACCCCAUGGCCAUUAAAAGUUAUUCAAAUCAUGACGCUGCACCCCACGGUUUAGGUUCUAGGGGGCGCCAAAGAUAACCCUAAAAUCCACAUAUUUAAAAGUCUUAUAACCUUUUAUUUUUGCCCUAACUGGCCUCCAAGUUUUCUAGGAUGAUGCAAUGUCCAGCCAUCAACACAUUUGUGAAGGAAUUUUUACUCCCCAAAAGAGCGCCCCCCCAUGGCAGGAGAAAAAAGUCCAUUUUUUCUUGUCCCCUAAGGUGAAAAUACACAUUGUUGAGUGUCACGCCUGUACGCUUUGUCAAAAUGACACAAAAAUUGACACACACAUGUAUCUCAAUAAGAUCUACAAAAAAGUCCACGCGCGCGUAUCUGUCAAAUGUACGGUUAAAGGGUUAUUCCGCAUUUUUUGCCGAUUCGCACACAUUGGAAUUUCGCUAACUCCUCCGAAGGCUUUCGUUCCACCGGCACCACAUUUGCUCAGGCCAAUCUACACCCCAUGGCCAUUAAAAGUUAUUCAAAUCAUGACGCUGCACCCCACGGUUUACGUUCUAGGGGGCGCCAAAGAUGACCCAAAUAUCCACAUUCUUAAAAGAAUCCACACCCCCCCCAUCCCCCAUCCCCCAUGGCAGGAGAAACAGUCAAGUUUUUCCUGCCCAUCACUCAAUGGCUCAAUCGCAUCGCUCUUCCGGCAACACCGUAACGAGGAGCAACUUGCCGUUUGGAUAUAUCCUAGCUGUGUUUGUGCCCUCACUCAUGGUCCAGACUUUUUUCAAAUAGGACAUGUAGUUUGUCUGCAGCGAGUGUUUUGGUAGAAACUGCGCCUCCCAUUCAUUAUAAUGGGAAAUGACCACAGACAAGUGCGCACACCAUCUUUGGACCUUGAGUGUGACGCGAUCGGGGGGGGAGGCGGUCGCGCUGGGGGCGGCGCGACGCGGCUCGGGCCCGACAGUGCCCCACCGGGGCCCUAGUUAUUAUUAUUAUUUUUCCUCCCCUUUGAACUGGAAAAUGGCCCACUUCCCACUGGCGAAAACUCAUGAAAUUUGGCAGGACGACCGGGCCUGGUGAAAAAUUUGAUAUUCCGAAGUCGCCCAAACAAGAAAAUGCAAAAUGGCUCCAUAGCGCCCCCUAAGGUGAAAAUUCACACUAUUCACUGUCACGCCUGUACGCUUUGUCAAAAUGACACAAAAAUUGACACACACAUGUAUCUCAAUAAGAUCUACAAAAAAGUCAGUGCGGGCGUAUCUGUCAAAUGUACGGUUAAAGGGUUAUUUCGCAUUUUUUGCCGAUCCGCACACAUUGGAAUUUCGCUAACUCCUCCGAAGGCUUUCGUUCCACCGGCACCACAUUUGCUCAGGCCAAUCUACACCCCAUGGCCAUUAAAAGUUAUUCAAAUCAUGACGCUGCACCCCACGGUUUAGGUUCUAGGGGGCGCCAAAGAUAACCCUAAGAUCCACAUAUUUAAAAGUCUUAUAACUUUUUAUUUUUGCCCUCACUGGCCUCCAAGUUUUCUAGGAUGAUGCAAUGUCCAGCCAUCAACACAUUUGUGAAGGAAUUUUUACUCCCCAAAAGAGCGCCCCCCCAUGGCAGGAGAAAAAAGUCCAUUUUUUCUUGUCCCCUAAGGUGAAAAUACACAUUGUUGAGUGUAACACCUGUACGCUUUGGCAAAAUGACACAAAAAUUGACACACACAUGUAUCUCAAUAAGAUCUACGAAAAAGUCAACGCGCGCGUAUCUGUCAAAUGUACGGUUAAAGGGUUAUUCCGCAUUUUUUGCCGAUCCGCACACAUUGGAAUUUCGCUAACUCCUCUGAAGGCUUUCGUUCCACCGGCACCACAUUUGCUUAGGCCAAUCUACACCCCAUGGCCAUUAAAAGUUAUUCAAAUCAUGACGCUGCACCCCACGGUUUAGGUUCUAGGGGGAGCCAAAGAUAACCCUAAGAUCCACAUAUUUAAAAGUCUUAUAACUUUUUAUUUUUGCCCUCACUGGCCUCCAAGUUUUCUAGGAUGAUGCAAUGUCCAGCCAUCAACACAUUUGUGAAGGAAUUUUUACUCGGCAAAAGAGCGCCCCCCCAUGGCAGGAGAAAAAAGUCAAUUUUUUCUUGUCCACUAAGGUGAAAAUACACAUUGUUGAGUGCUACGCCUGUAUGUUUUGUCGUAUUGACACAAAAUUUUACAUACACGUGUAUUUCAAUAAGAUCUUCGAAAAAGUCAAUGGGCACGUAUCUGUAAAAUGUACGGUUAAAGGGUUAUUUCGCAUUUUUUGCAGAUUCGCACACAUUGGAAUUUCGCUAAUUCCUCCGAAGGCUUUCGUUCCACCGGCACCACAUUUGCUCAGGCCAAUCUACACCCCAUGGCCAUUAAAAGUUAUUCAAAUCAUGACGCUGCACCCCACGGUUUAGGUUCUAGGGGGCGCCAAAGAUAACCCUAAAAUCCACAUAUUUAAAAGUCUUAUAACUUUUUAUUUUUGUCCUCACUGGCCUCCAAGUUUUCUAGGAUGAUGCAAUGUCCAGCCAUCAACACAUUUGUGAAGGAGUUUUUUCUCUUUAAAAGAGCGCCCCCCAUGGCAGGAGAAUAAAGUCAAGUUUUUCCUGUUCAUCAUUCAAUGGCUCAAACGCACUGCUCUCUCGGCAAAAGCGAAAGGAGGAGCAACUUGCCAUUUGGAUAUAUCUUAGCUGUGUUUGUGCCCUCACUCAUGGUCCAGACUUUUUUCAAAUAGGACAUGGAGUUUUUCUGCAGCGAGCAUUUUGGUAGAAACUGCGCCUCCCGUUCAUUAUAAUGGUAAAUGACCACAAACAAGUGCGCACACCAUCUUUGGACCUUGAGUGUGACGCGAUCGGGUGGGGGAGGCGGUCGCGCUGGGGGCGGCGUGACACGGCUCGGGCCCGCCAGUGCCCCAACGGGGCCCUAGUUUGUUAUUAUUAUUAUUAUUAUUUUUCCUCCCCUUUGAACUGGAAAAUGGCCCACUUCCCACUGGCGAAAACUCAUGAAAUUUGGCAGGACGACCGGGCCUGGUGAAAAAUUUGAUAUUCCGAAGUCGCCCAAACAAGAAAAUGCAAAAUGGCUCCAUAGCGCCCCCUAAGGUGAAAAUUCACACUAUUGACUGUCACGCCUGUACGCUUUGUCAAAAUGACACAAAAAUUGACACACACAUGUAUCUCAAUAAGAUCUACAAAAAAGUCAGUGCGGGCGUAUCUGUCAAAUGUACGGUUAAAGGGUUAUUUCGCAUUUUUUGCCGAUCCGCACACAUUGGAAUUUCGCUAACUCCUCCGAAGGCUUUCGUUCCACCGGCACCACAUUUGCUCAGGCCAAUCUACACCCCAUGGCCAUUAAAAGUUAUUCAAAUCAUGACGCUGCACCCCACGGUUUAUGUUCUAGGGGGCGCCAAAGAUAACCCUAAAAUCCACAUAUUUCAAAGUCUUAUAACUUUUUAUUUUUGCCCUCACUGGCCUCCAAGUUUUCUAGGAUGAUGCAAUGUCCAGCCAUCAACACAUUUGUGAAGGAAUUUUUACUCCCCAAAAGAGCGCCCCCCCAUGGCAGGAGAAAAAAGUCCAUUUUUUCUUGUUCCAUAAGGUGAAAAUUCACACUAUUGACUGUCACGCCUGUACGCUUUGUCAAAAUGACACAAAAAUUGACACACACAUGUAUCUCAAUAAGAUCUACAAAAAAGUCAGUGCGGGCGUAUCUGUCAAAUGUACGGUUAAAGGGUUAUUUCGCAUUUUUUGCCGAUCCGCACACAUUGGAAUUUCGCUAACUCCUCCGAAGGCUUUCGUUCAACCGGCACCACAUUUGCUCAGGCCAAUCUACACCCCAUGGCCAUUAAAAGUUAUUCAAAUCAUGACGCUGCACCCCACGGUUUAUGUUCUAGGGGGCGCCAAAGAUAACCCUAAAAUCCACAUAUUUCAAAGUCUUAUAACUUUUUAUUUUUGCCCUCACUGGCCUCCAAGUUUUCUAGGAUGAUGCAAUGUCCAGCCAUCAACACAUUUGUGAAGGAAUUUUUACUCCCCAAAAGAGCGCCCCCCCAUGGCAGGAGAAAAAAGUCCAUUUUUUCUUGUUCCAUAAGGUGAAAAUUCACACUAUUGACUGUCACGCCUGUACGCUUUGUCAAAAUUACACAAAAAUUGACACACACAUGUAUCUCAAUAAGAUCUACAAAAAAGUCAGUGCGGGCGUAUCUGUCAAAUGUACGGUUAAAGGGUUAUUGCGCAUUUUUUGCCGAUCCGCACACAUUGGAAUUUCGCUAACUCCUCCGAAGGCUUUCGUUCAACCGGCACCACAUUUGCUCAGGCCAAUCUACACCCCAUGGCCAUUAAAAGUUAUUCAAAUCAUGACGCUGCACCCCACGGUUUAGGUUCUAGGGGGCGCCAAAGAUAACCCUAAAAUCCACAUAUUUAAAAGUCUUAUAACUUUUUAUUUUUGUCCUCUCUGGCCUCCAAGUUUUCUAGGAUGAUGCAAUGUCCAGCCAUCAACACAUUUGUGAAGGAAUUUUUACUCCCUAAAAGAGCGCCCCCCCCAUGGCAGGAGAAAAAAGUCCAUUUUUUCUUGUCCCAUAAGGUGAAAAUACACAUUGUUGACUGUCAUACCUGUAUGCUUUGUCAUAUUGACACAAAAUUUGACACACACAUGUAUCUCAAUAAGAUCUACGAAAAAGUCAAUGCGCGUGUAUCUGUAAAAUGUACGGUUAAAGGGCUAUUUUGCAUUUUUUGCCGAUUAGCACACAUUGGAAUGUGGCUAACUCCUCCUAAGGCUUUCGUCCCACUGACACCAAAUUUGCUCAGGCCAAUCUACACCCCAUGGCCAUUCAAAGUUUUAAAAAUCAUGACGCUGCACCCCACGGUUUACGUUCUAGGGGGCGCCAAAGAUGACCCAAAUAUCCACAUUCUUAAAAGAAUCCACAUCCCUUUCCCCCUCCCAUCCCCCAUCCCCCAUGGCAGGAGAAACAGUCAAGUUUUUCCUGCCCAUCACUCAAUGGCUCAAUCGCAUCGCUCUCCCGGCAACACCGUAACGAGGAGCAACUUGCCGUUUGGAUAUAUCCUAGCUGUGUUUGUGCCCUCACUCAUGGUCCAGACUUUUUUCAAAUAGGACAUGUAGUUUGUCUGCAGCGAGUGUUUUGGUAGAAACUGCGCCUCCCAUUCAUUAUAAUGGGAAAUGACCACAGACAAGUGCGCACACCAUCUUUGGACCUUGAGUGUGACGCGAUCGGGAGGGGGAGGCGGUUGCACUGGGGGCGGCGCAACGCGGCUCGGGCCCGCCAGUGCCCCAACGGGGCCCUAGUUCUUUCUUUCUUUCUUUCUUUAGGGCCCGAGCGUAGCUGCUAAGCAGCUGCGAGAGCCCUAUUAUUCCCCAAGUGGUUUUUCUUUGUUUCUUUUUUCUUUUUCCUCCCCUUUGAACUGGAAAAUGGCCCACUUCCCACUGGCGAAAACUCAUGAAAUUUGGCAGGACGACCGGGCCUGGUGAAAAAUUUGAUAUUCUGAAGUCGCCCAAACAAUACAAUGCAAAAUGGCUCCAUAGCGCCCCCUAAGGUGAAAAAUUCACCUGACGCCUGUACGCUUUGUCAAAAUGACACAAAAAUUGACACACACAUGUAUCUCAAUAAGAUCUACAAAAAAGUCAGUGCGGGCAUAUCUGUCAAAUGUACGGUUAAAGGGUUAUUGCGCAUUUUUUGCCGAUCCGCACACAUUGGAAUUUCGCUAACUCCUCCGAAGGCUUUCGUUCCACCGGCACCACAUUUGCUCAGGCCAAUCUACACCCCAUGGCCAUUAAAAGUUAUUCAAAUCAUGACGCUGCACCCCACGGUUUAGGUUCUAGGGGGCGCCAAAGAUAACCCUGAAAUCCACAUAUUUAAAAGUCUUAUAACUUUUUAUUUUUGUCCUCUCUGGCCUCCAAGUUUUCUAGGAUGAUGCAAUGUCCAGCCAUCAACACAUUUGUGAAGGAAUUUUUACUCCCCAAAAGAGCGCCCCCCCAUGGCAGGAGAAAAAAGUCCAUUUUUUCUUGUCCCAUAAGGUGAAAAUACACAUUGUUGACUGUCAUACCUGUAUGCUUUGUCAUAUUGACACAAAAUUUGACACACACAUGUAUCUCAAUAAGAUCUACGAAAAAGUCAAUGCGCGCGUAUCUGUAAAAUGUACAGUUAAAGGGCUAUUUUGCAUUUUUUGCCGAUUAGCACACAUUGGAAUGUGGCUAACUCCUCCUAAGGCUUUCGUCCCACUGACACCAAAUUUGCUCAGGCCAAUCUACACCCCAUGGCCAUUCAAAGUUUUAAAAAUCAUGACGCUGCACCCCACGGUUUACGUUCUAGGGGGCGCCAAAGAUGACCCAAAUAUCCACAUUCUUAAAAGAAUCCACCCCCCCCCCAUCCCCCAUCCCCCAUGGCAGGAGAAACAGUCAAGUUUUUCCUGCCCAUCACUCAAUGGCUCAAUCGCAUCGCUCUCCCGGCAACACCGUAACGAGGAGCAACUUGCCGUUUGGAUAUAUCCUAGCUGUGUUUGUGCCCUCACUCAUGGUCCAGACUUUUUUCAAAUAGGACAUGUAGUUUGUCUGCAGCGAGUGUUUUGGUAGAAACUGCGCCUCCCAUUUAUUAUAAUGGGAAAUGACCACAGACAAGUGCGCACACCAUCUUUGGACCUUGAGUGUGACGCGAUCAGGAGGGGGAGGCGGUCGCACUGGGGGCGGCGCAACGCGGCUCGGGCCCGCCAGUGCCCCAACGGGGCCCUAGUUCUUCUUUUUCCUCCCCUUUGAACUGGAAAAUGGCCCACUUCCCACUGGCGAAAACUCAUGAAAUUUGGCAGGACGACCGGGCCUGGUGAAAAAUUCGAUAUUCUGAAGUCGCCCAAACAAUAAAAUGCAAAAUGGCUCCAUAGCGCCCCCUAAGGUGGAAAUUCACACUAUUGACUGUCACGCCUGUACGCUUUGUCAUAUUGACACAAAAAUUGACACACAUAUGUAUCUCAAUAAGAUCUACAAAAAAGUCAGUGCGGCCGUAUCUGUCAAAAUUACGGUUAAAGGGUUAUUUCGCAUUUUUUGCCGAUCCGCACACAUUGGAAUUUCGCUAACUCCUCCGAAGGCUUUCGUUCCACCGGCACCACAUUUGCUCAGGCCAAUCUACACCCCGUGGCCAUUAAAAGUUAUCAAAAUCAUGACGCUGCACCCCAAGGUUUAGGUUCUAGGGGGCGCCAAAGAUAACACUAAAAUCCACAUAUUUAAAAGUCUUAUAACUUUUUAUUUUUGUCCUCACUGGCCUCCAAGUUUUCUAGGAUGAUGCAAUGUCCAGCCAUCAACACAUUUGUGAAGGAAUUUUUACUCCCCAAAAGAGCGCCCCCCCAUGGCAGGAGAAAAAAGUCCAUUUUUUCUUGUCCCCUAAGGUGAAAAUACACAUUGUUGAGUGUCACGCCUAUACGCUUUGUCAAAAUGACACAAAAAUUGACACACACAUGUAACUCAAUAAGAUCUACAAAAAAGUCCAUGCGCGCGUAUCUGUCAAAUGUACAGUUAAAGGGUUAUUCCGCAUUUUUUGCCGAUACGCACACAUUGGAAUUUCGCUAACUCCUCCAAAGGCUUUCGUUCCACCGGCACCACAUUUGCUCAGGCCAAUCUACACCCCAUGGCCAUUAAAAGUUAUUCAAAUCAUGAUGCUGCACCCCACGGUUUAGGUUCUAGGGGGCGCCAAAAAUAACCCAAAAAUCCACAUUCUUAAAUGUUUUAUAACUUUUUAUUUUUGUCCUCACUGGCCUCCAAGUUUUCUAGGAUGAUGCAAUGUCCAGCCAUCAACACAUUUGUGAAGGAAUUUUUACUCCCCAAAAGAGCGCCCCCCCAUGGUAGGAGAAAAAAGUCAAUUUUUUCUUGUCCCCUUACAUAAAAAUACACAUUGUUGAGUGUCACGCCUGAACGCUUUGUCAUAUUGACACAAAAAUUGACAAUCAUGUGUAUCUCAAUUAGAUCUACGAAAAAGUCAAAGAGCGCGUAUCUGUAUAAUGUACGGUUAAAGGGCUAUUUUGCAUUUUUUGCCGAUUCGCACACAUUGGAAUGUGGCUAUCUCCUCCUAAGGCUUUCGUCCCACCGAUACCAAAUUUGCUCAGGCCAAUCUACACCCCAUGGCCAUUCAAAGUUGUAAAAAUCAUGACGCUGCACCCCACGGUUUACGUUCUAGGGGGCGCCAAAGAUGACCCAAAAAUCCACAUUCUUAAAAGUCAUUUUGGCCACUGCAGGAGUACAGAGUACUGCAGUUCUAGGGGGCGCCAAAGAUGACCCAAAAAUCCACAUUCUUAAAAGUCUUUUUGGCCACUGCAGGAGUACAGAGUACUGCAGGAUACACACACAUAUACACACACGCCAACAUACACACACACACACACACACACACACACACACAGACACACACACACACUCAGAGUCUGUUUUUUAGCACCUGCAAAAACAUGCUGUUUACAUAUUUGACAAGAAUGCAGAGGCUUCCUUUUGCCCCUGAAAAAAAUCAAAUUUCAAACACAACUUGACUGUUCAUUUCUCCAAAAGACAACCAUGAAGCUCCAUUUCAAACCUGAAGCAGAUAGUUGGUGCAUGUGUACAGUAACCUGAGGGGAGUGAGGUGACUAUUUCUGAGGAGAACAUGAGCAGUGAAGAUUCACCUUGGAGCUAGAACAGGGACGUGCACAUGAUUAUACAGGGGCAGGGGCUCAAGUUUUUUCCAGUCAUUUAUACAAAAUGGAAAUUAAUGUGAAAUUAAACCACAAAUAUGUGUGAUGAACUGUUUUUAAAACUUAAACUUCAAAUAAAAAUUGUAAACUUCAAAACAUAUGCAAAUUUUUAACAAAGAACAUAGUUAUUUACCUCUAUUUACAUCAAAAUGCAGGCAAUGGCCCAGGCGUUCUUUGUAAAAUUAUUUACAAAACACUGUAUAGUCUCACAAAUGUCACUUUUUAUUCAUGCCACUACAAAAAAACAUGAUGUAAAUGAUGCAUGAUGUAAAACAUGAUGUAAAAAACUUGUGUAGAUCCUCCUCUAUGUCAGUCCAUGUGUAAUUUUUCCAUAAUUCUUUGUUUUUUGCAGCAUUUUUGUUAGUGUAACUGCAGAUUGUGCUGACAGUGUCUAUGGCACAAAAAAAAAAAAAUUAAAAUGCCUCAACAUGAACCCCUGGUGGUCUCUGAGGGUGAAACCUGCUAACUGCUGCAGCUCUGUCAGCUUCAGUCUCCCAUGCAGAGCUCUGAGCGCAUGUGUGGCUCUGCACCCUUAGCAGCGUUGCUAACUCCUCAGUAAGGAAAGCCUGCUUCAUGUCAGAGUCUCUAAACUCCAGAAGAAGUCGAUAAAAGUCCCUUUCUUUCUAAAAAAAGUCGUUAGGGGGUCUGAAAAGUCAUUGAAUCUAACAACAAAGUCGCUAGGUUUGCAACUACGUGUCCCAGACUGCAUCCCUGCUGAGAGUCCCUCCCUCCCUUCUCAUAUUGCAGGAAGAACGUUAGUUCCUGCCCCUUGUCAAUCAGUCACCAUAUAAUUUUGGAUUGGUUGUUGUGGUGAAGUUUUCCACCAAUAGGAGAGAUGUUGUGGUGUGUAUUUUUUUUCCUUUGGCAAGCCUUUUCCGCCUGUAAGACCUGUCGCUAAUGUCUGCAUGCUAUGUUUUCCUGUCUCAUACAGCGCGAUCGAGCGCCGAACGUGAUCAAAAUAAGCAGAAAACAAGUAUCGCGGACAUAAUUUAUCAUAACUCUGGUUUUAUUUGGCCUAUCAACACAAUUUAAAAACUGGUAUAUAGGUUGAGGUCCUCACUUUUGAGAUAAAUUGAAACGGAGAGUCAACGAGGCUCCGUCUUGCAGCUACAUCCGGUUAAAUAUGUCAUGUGACUUGAACGCACACACACACACACACACACACAGACACACACACACACGCACACACACACACUCAGAGUCUGGUUUGUAGCACCUGCAAAAACAUGCUAUUUACAUAUUUGACAAGAAUGCAGAGGCUCCUUUUGCCCCUGAAAAAAAUCAAAUUUCAAACACAACUUGACUGGUCAUUUCUCCAAAAGACAACCAUGAAGCUCCAUCCAAACCUGAAGCAGGCAGUUGGUGCAUGUGUACAGUAACCUGAGGGGAGUGAGGUGACUGCUUCUGAGGAGAACAUGAGCAGUGAAGAUUUACCUUAGAGCUAGAACAGAGACGUGCACAUGAUUAUACAGGGGCAGGGGCUCAAGUUUUUUCCAGUCGUUUAUACAAUUUGGAAAUUAAUGUGAAAUUAAAAAACAAAGUAUUAAUAGAAAGGUAAUGACUGUCCUGUGUAGGUGACAGUGAUAUCCAAUAGGCUAGGCACUCACGAGGCUGGCUGUGGCAAGUGUAAGUGAAAGCAACACGCACUGGCAGGAAGAACAGCAAACGCCGAUGAAGGAAAAGGGUCUUUGCAGUGAUGGGCGUUACCAAAGAGGGCGAUGGCCAGAGGACACAAAUGGGACAGGGAGGCAGCGCGUUGGGGGGGGGACGCGACACAGCUCGGGCCCGCCAGUGCCCCAACGGGGUCCUAGUUAUUAUUAGGGCCCGAGCGUAGCUGCUAAGCAGCUGCGAGAGCCCUCUUGUUCCUGAUGGAUUCUUCUUUUGUUAUUAUUAUUAUUUUUCCUCCGCUUUAAACUGGAAAAUGGCCCACUUCCCACUGGCGAAAACUCAUGAAAUUUGGCAGGACGACCGGGCCUGGUGAAAAAUUCGAUAUUCUGAAGUCGCCCAAACAAGAAAAUGCAAAAUGGCUCCAUAGCGCCCCCUAAGGUGAAAAUUCACACUAUUGACUGUCACGCCUGUACGCUUUGUCAUAUUGACACAAAAAUUGACACACACAUGUAUCUCAAUAAGAUCUACAAAAAAGUCAGUGCGGGCGUAUCUGUCAAAUGUACGGUUAAAGGGUUAUUUUGCAUUUUUUGCAGAUCCGCACACAUUGGAAUUUCGCUAACUCCUCCGAAGGCUUUCGUUCCACCGGCACCACAUUUGCUCAGGCCAAUCUACACUCCAUGGCCAUUCAAAGUUGUACAAAUCAUAAUGCUGCACCCCAUGGUUUAGGUUCUAGGGGGCGCCAAAAAUAACCCAAAAAUCCACAUUCUUAAAAGUUUUAUAAAUUUUUUUUUUUGUCCUCACUGGCCUCCAAGUUUUCUAGGAUGAUGCAAUGUCCAGCCAUCAACACAUUUGUGAAGGAAUUUUUACUCCCCAAAAGAGCGCCCCCCCAUGGCAGGAAUAAAAAGUCCAUUUUUUCUUGUCCCCUAAGGUGAAAAUACACAUUGUUGAGUGUCACGCCUGUACGCUUUGUCGUAUUGACAAAAAAUUUGACACACACGUGUAUCUCAAUAAGAUCUACGAAAAAGUCAAUGGGCGCGUAUCUGUAAAAUGUACGGCUAAAGGGCUAUUUUGCAUUUUUUGCCGAUUCGCACACAUUGGAAUGUGGCUAACUCCUCCUAAGGCUUUCGUCCCACUGACACCAAAUUUGCUCAGGCCAAUCUACACCCCAUGGCCAUUCAAAGUUGUAAAAAUCAUGCCGCUGCACCCCAUGGUUUACGUUCUAGGGGGCGCCAAAGAUGACCCAAAUAUCCACAUUCUUAAAAGUCGUUUUGGCCACUGCAGGAGUACAGAGUACUGCAGGAUACACACACACAGACACACACACACACAGACACACACACACACACACACACACACACACACACACACACACACUCAGAGUCUGUUUUUUAGCACCUGCAAAAACAUGCUAUUUACAUAUUUGACAACAAUGCAGAGGCUUCCUUUUGCCCCUGAAAAAAAUCAAAUUUCUAACACAACUUGACUGCUCAUUUCUCCAAAAGACAACCAUGAAGCUCCAUCCAAACCUGAAGCAGGCAGUUGGUGCAUGUGCACAGUAACCUGAGGGGAGUGAGGUGACUGCUUCUGAGGAGAACAUGAGCAGUGAAGAUUCACCUUGGAGCGAGAACAGGGACGUGCACAUGAUUAUACGGGGGCAGGGGCUCAAGUUUUUUCCAGUCGUUUAUACAAUAUGGAAAUUAAUGUGAAAUUAAAAAACAAAGUAUUAAUAGAAAGGUAAUGACUGUCCUGUGUAGGUGACAGUGAUAUCCAAUAGGCUAGGCACUCACAAGGCUGGCUGUGGCAAGUGUAAGUGAAAGCAACACGCACUGGCAGGAAGAACAGCAAACGCCGAUGAAGGAAAAGGGUCUUUGCAGUGAUGGGCGUUACCAGAGAGGACGAUGGCCAGAGGACGCGAAUGGGACGGGGAGGCAGCGCGUUGGGGGGGGGGGGGGGGGGGCGACACAGCUCGGGCCCGCCAGUGCCCCAACGGGGCCCUAGUUAGGGCCCGAGCGUAGCUGCUAAGCAGCUGCGAGAGCCCUCUUGUUCCUGAUGGAUUCUUCUUUCGUUAUUUUUCCUCCGCUUUAAACUGGAAAAUGGCCCACUUCCCACUGGCGAAAACUCAGGAAAUUUGGCAGGACGACCGGGCCUGGUGAAAAAUUUGAUAUUCUGAAGUCGUCCAAACAAAAAAAUGAAAAAUGGCACCAUAGCGCCCCCUAUGGUGAAAACUCACCUGAUGCCUGUACGCUUUGUCAAAAUGACACAAAAUUUGACACACAUGUGUAUCUCAAUAAGAUCUACGAAAAAGUCAGUGCGGGCGUAUCUACCAAAUGUACGGUUAAAGGGCUAUUUCGCUUUUUUUGCCGAUCCGCACACAUUGGAAUUUCGCUAACUCCUCCGAAGGCUUUCGUUCCACCGGCACCAAGUUUGCUCAGGCCAAUCUACACCCCAUGGCCAUUAAAAGUUGUACAAAUCAUGAUGCUGCACCCCACGGUUUACUUUCUAGGGGGCGCCAAAGAUAACACAAAAAUCCACAUUCUUAAAAGUCUUAUAACUUUUUAUUUUUGUCCUCACUGGCCUCCAAGUUUUCUAGGAUGAUGCAAUGUCCAGCCAUCAACACAUUUGUGAAGGAAUUUUUACUCCCCAAAAGAGCGCCCCCCCAUGGCAGGAGAAAAAAGUCCAUUUUUUCUUGUCUCCUAAGGUAAAAAUACACAUUGUUGAGUGUCACGCCUAUACACUUUGUCAUAUUGACACACAAUUUGACAAUCACGUGUAUCUCAAUAAGAUCUACAAAAAAGUCAAUAGGCACGUAUCUGUCAAAUGUAUGGUUAAAGGGCUAUUUCGCAUUUUUUGCCGAUUCGCACACAUUGGAAUGUGGCUAACUCCUCCUAAGGCUUUCGUCCCACUGAUACCAAAUUUGCUCAGGCCAAUCCACACCCCAUGGCCAUUCAAAGUUGUAAAAAUCAUGACGCUGCACCCCACGGUUUACGUUCUAGGGGGCGCCAAAGAGGACCCAAAAAUCCACAUUCUUAAAAGUCAUUUUGGCCACUGCAGGAGUACAGAGUACUGCAGUUCUAGGGGGCGCCAAAGAUGACCCAAAAAUCCACAUUCUUAAAAGUCUUUUUGGCCACUGCAGGAGUACAGAGUACUGCCGGACACACACACAUAUACACACACGCCAACACACACACACACACACACACACACACACACACACACACACACACACACACACACUCAGAGUCUGUUUUUUAGCACCUGCAAAAACAUGCUGUUUACAUAUUUGACAAGAAUGCAGAGGCUUCCUUUUGCCCCUGAAAAAAAUCAAAUUUCAAACACAACUUGACUGUUCAUUUCUCCAAAAGACAACCAUGAAGCUCCAUCCAAACCUGAAGCAGAUAGUUGGUGCAUGUGUACAGUAACCUGAGGAGAGUGAGGUGACUACUUCUGAGGAGAACAUGAGCAGUGAAGAUUCACCUUGGAGCUAGAACAGGGACGUGCACAUGAUUAUACAGGGGCAGGGGCUCAAGUUUUUUCCAGUCAUUUAUACAAUAUGGAAAUUAAUGUGAAAUUAAACCACAAAUAUGUCUGAUGAACUGUUUUUAAAACUUAAACUUCAAAUAAAAAUUGUAAACUUCAAAACAUAUGCAAAUUUUUAACAAAGAACAUAGUAAUUUACCUCUAUUUACAUCAAAAUGCAGGCAAUGGCCCAGGCGUUCUUUGUAAAAUUAUUUACAAAACACUGUAUAGUCUCACAAAUGUCACUUUUUAUUUAUGCCACUACAAAAAAACAUGAUGUAAAUGAUGCAUGAUGUAAAACAUGAUGUAAAAAACUUGUGUAGAUCCUCCUCUAUGUCAGUCCAUGUGUAAUUUUUCCAUAAUUCUUUGUUUUUGGCAGCAUUUUUGUUAGUGUAACUGCAGAUUGUGCUGACAGUGUCUAUGGCACAAAAAAAAAAAAAAAUUAAAAUGCCUCAACAUGAACCCCUGGUGGUCUCUGAGGGUGAAACCUGCUAACUGCUGCAGCUCUGUCAGCUUCAGUCUCCCAUGCAGAGCUCUGAGCGCAUGUGUGGCUCUGCACCCUUAGCAGCGUUGCUAACUCCUCAGUAAGGAAAGCCUGCUUCAUGUCAGAGUCUCUAAACUCCAGAAGAAGUCGAUAAAAGUCCCUUUCUUUCUAAAAAAAAAGUCGUUAGGGUGUCUGAAAAGUCAUUGAAUCUAACAACAAAGUCGCUAGGUUUGCAACUACGUGUCCCAGACUGCAUCCCUGCUGAGAGUCCCUCCCUCCCUUCUCAUGUUGCAGGAAGAACGUAAGCGCCCGCCCCUUGUCAAUCAGUCACCAUAUAAUUUUGGAUUGGUUGUUGUGGUGAAGUUUUCCACCAAUAGAAGAGAUGUUGUGGUGUGUUUUUUUUUUCUUUUGGCAAGCCUUUUCCGCCUGUAAGACCUGUCGCUAAUGUCUGCAUGCUAUGUUUUCCUGUCUCAUACAGCGCGAUCGAGCGCCGAACGUGAUCAAAAUAAGCAGAAAAAAAGUAUCGCGGACAUAAUUUAUCAUAACUCUGGUUUUAUUUGGCCUAUCAACACAAUUUAAAAACUGGUAUAUAGGUUGAGGUCCUCACUUUUGAGAUAAGUUGAAACUGAGAGUCAACAAGGCUCCGUCUUGCAGGUACAUCCGGUUAAAUAUGUCAUGUGACUUGAACGCACACAUAGACACACACACACACACACACACACACACACACACACACACACACACACACACACACACUCAGAGUCUGGUUUUUAGCACCUGCAAAAACAUGCUAUUUACAUAUUUGACAAGAAUGCAGAGGCUCCUUUUGCCCCUGAAAAAAAUCAAAUUUCAAACACAACUUGACUGGUCAUUUCUCCAAAAGACAACCAUGAAGCUCCAUCCAAACCUGAAGCAGGCAGUUGGUGCAUGUGUACAGUAACCUGAGGGGAGUGAGGUGAGUGCUUCUGAGGAGAACAUGAGCAGUGAAGAUUCACCUUGGAGCUAGAACAGAGACAUGCACAUGAUUAUACAGGGGCAGGGGCUCAAGUUUUUUCCAGUCGUUUAUACAAUAUGGAAAUUAAUGUGAAAUUAAAACACAAAGUAUUAAUAGAAAGGUAAUGACUGUCCUGUGUAGGUGACAGUGAUAUCCAAUAGGCUAGGCACUCACGAGGCUGGCUGUGGCAAGUGUAAGUGAAAGCAACACGCACUGGCAGGAAGAACAGCAAACGCCGAUGAAGGAAAAGGGUCUUUGCAGUGAUGGGCGUUAACAGAGAGGGCGAUGGCCAGAGGACACAAAUGGGACGGGGAGGCAGCACGUUGGGGGGGGGGAGACGCGACACGGCUCGGGCCCGCCAGUGCCCCAACGGGGUCCUAGUUAUUAUUUUUCCUCCGCUUUAAACUGGAAAAUGGCCCACUUCCCACUGGCGAAAACUCAUGAAAUUUGGCAGGACGACCGGGCCUGGUGAAAAAUUCGAUAUUCUGAAGUCGCCCAAACAAUAAAAUGCAAAAUGGCUCCAUAGCGCCCCCUAAGGUGGAAAUUCACACUAUUGACUGUCACGUCUGUACGUUUUGUCAUAUUGACACAAAAAUUGACACACAUAUGUAUCUCAAUAAGAUCUACAAAAAAGUCAGUGCGGGCGUAUCUGUCAAAUGUACGGUUAAAGGGUUAUUUCGCAUUUUUUGCCGAUCCGCACACAUUGGAAUUUCGCUAACUCCUCCGAAGGCUUUCGUUCCACCGGCACCACAUUUGCUCAGGCCAGUCUACACCCCAUGGCCAUUAAAAGUUGUACAAAUCAUGACGCUGCACCCCACGGUUUAGGUUCUAGGGGGCGCCAAAGAUAACCCAAAAAUCCACAUUCUUAAAAGUCUUAUAACUUUUUAUUUUUGUCCUCACUGCCCUCCAAGUUUUCUAGGAUGAUGCAAUGUCCAGCCAUCAACACAUUUGUGAAGGAAUUUUUACUCCCCAAAAGAGCGCCCCCCCAUGGCAGGAGAAAAAAGUCAAUUUUUUCUUGUCCCCUUACAUGAAAAUACACAUUGUUGAGUGUCACGCCUGAACGAUUUGUCAUAUUGACACAAAAAUUGACAAUCAUGUGUAUCUCAAUUAGAUCUACGAAAAAGUCAAAGAGCGCGUAUCUGUAUAAUGUACGGUUAAAGGGCUAUUUCGCAUUUUUUGCCGAUUCGCACACAUUGGAAUGUGGCUAUCUCCUCCUAAGGCUUUCGUCCCACUGAUAACAAAUUUGCUCAGGGCAAUCUACACCCCAUGCCCAUUCAAAGUUGUAAAAAUCAUGACGCUGCACCCCACGGUUUACGUUCUAGGGGGCGCCAAAGAUGACCCAAAAAUCCACAUUCUUAAAAGUCAUUUUGGCCACUGCAGGAGUACAGAGUACUGCAGUUCUAGGGGGCGCCAAAGAUGACCCAAAAAUCCACAUUCUUAAAAGUCUUUUUGGCCACUGCAGGAGUACAGAGUACUGCAGGAUACACACACAUAUACACACACGCCAACACACACACACACACACACACACACACACACACACACACACACACACACACACACUCAGAGUCUGUUUUUUAGCACCUGCAAAAACAUGCUGUUUACAUAUUUGACAAGAAUGCAGAGGCUUCCUUUUGCCCCUGAAAAAAAUCAAAUUUCAAACACAACUUGACUGUUCAUUUCUCCAAAAGACAACCAUGAAGCUCCAUCCAAACCUGAAGCAGAUAGUUGGUGCAUGUGUACAGUAACCUGAGGGGAGUGAGGUGACUAUUUCUUAAAAGUACACAUGUAUCUCAAUAAGAUCUACAAAAAAGUCAGUGCGGGCGUAUCUGUCAAAUGUACGGUUAAAGGGUUAUUUCGCAUUUUUUGCCGAUCCGCACACAUUGAAAUUUCGCUAACUCCUCCGAAGGCUUUCGUUCCACCGGCACCACAUUUGCUCAGGCCAAUCUACACCCCAUGGCCAUCGAAAGUUGUACAAAUCAUGACGCUGCACCCCACGGUUUAGGUUCUAGGGGGCGCCAAAGAUAACCAAAAAAUCCACAUUCUUAAAAGUCUUAUAACUUUUUAUUUUUUUCCUCACUGGCCUCCAAGUUCUCUAGGAUGAUGCAAUGUCCAGCCAUCAACACAUUUGUGAAGGAAUUUUUACUCCCCAAAAGAGCGCCCCCACAUGGCAGGAGAAAAAGUCAAGUUUUUCCUGCCCAUCGCUCAAUGGCUCAAACGCAUCGCUCUCUCUGCAAAACCGAAAGGAGGAGCAACUUGCCAUUUGGAUAUAUACUAGCUGUGUUUGUGCCCUCACUCAUGGUCCAGACUUUUUUCAAAUAGGACAUGUAGUUUGUCUGCAGCGAGCGUUUUGGUAGAAACUGCGCCUCCCAUUCAUUAUAAUGGGCAAUGACCACAGACAAGUGCGCACACCAUCUUUGGACCUUGAGUGUGACGCGAUCGGGAGGGGGAGGCGGUCGCGCUGGGGGCGGCGCGACGCGGCUCGGGCCCGACAGUGCCCCACCGGGGCCCUAGUUUUUUUUUUUUCCUUUGGCGAGGGGAGGGGGGAGGGGCAACCGCAUCAGUGAUGAUGAUUGGUUAAGGCAGAGUAAUAUUUCAUGCUAAGCCAAUCAGAGGCAGUGGUCAGUUUGUACACAAACCACACACGUAUGCAGUAGCCUCACACACACACACACACACACACACACACACACACACACACACACACACACACACACACACACAAAGAGAACAGCUGCAGCGAUGGCGAGUUCGGAGGGAAAGUUUACGUUUUAAAGGGGAAGUACGGGCACACUUUAAUCUCCUUGAGGUAAAAGGUAAGAACAUACAUGUAAAGUGUACACUAUGUCCCAGAGCGAAGUGUUUGUUCAUGUCCGUUGUAAGCAACUCUAAUCUAUUGAAGUAUCUCUCAACGGCAGACGCUUCUACAAAACUAGUGGCCCAAAACACCAUUGUUGACACUGUUGGUGAUGAUAGCAGGCCAGGUGUAGCUAACGUGAGCUCCACUAACAAAGACGGACUGUCUUUGGAAACCCGCUUAGGAAAAAAAUCCCAAUUCUUCAACAUAUUUAAAUAAAAAUAAAUAAAAAAGUAACGCAAUAGUUACUUUCCCUGGUUACUUUUAUAGUGGAGUAUUUUUUUUUUUACUGCCAGCUGUUUAGCAAGUCAAGACAACUUUAUUCAUACAGUACAUUUAAAAACAAGCAAAUCUGACUGAGGUGAUUUAAGCUGUUUGGACGGGCACAUUAAAAAACUAAACAUGAACAUUCAGAUAAUUAUAAUUCUUGAAAGGAUUAUGGUAGAAAUAUGAUGGGUCUUCAACAAUUACUCAUAAAAUGUAAGAGUUUUAACCCAUGAUUGAUAGCAUGCAUUAAUUUUACCAUCAUUAUUAACUUUAGCAUGACAUGAUAACAAUCUAUGAGUUUCCCACCCUGAAUGUAAUACCACAAGAUUAUGGCCAACGUAAGGAUAUGGUUGAUUUGUUAUGCUCACACGUAUCGAUACAGCAUUUAGCCAGUUCUUGGUGCAUCUGUGGCCAAGCGGUGAAACAAGAUCAUCCUUUUAUUCCAUCACACAUUAAACAACAACAAAUGGCAAAGAAGUGGAACAGCUGUAAAACAGGAGCGGGCUAAAGUUAUUCUUGUAAAGGAGUCGGCUCUUUGGGGCGAGGCUUUCAUGACUGACGCGUCACUAUUUGAAGUGGUGAGCUGUUGCAUCCUCAUUCCUUGGCUUUCAGUUGCUGAUCAAACAUCCAACACAUUUAGAUGGGAAACUUCUCAGUGUGAUGGAUGUAUGAGUAGAAGUGUCAAAGUUUAAGUCUCAGUGUUAUCAGACUGUAAAUGCUCCAAGUGCAUGUACACUGCAUGCAAAGUAAUGACUUUCCUUUUGGGGAUAAGUAAAGGUCUUGUUUUGUAUUGUACUGUAUUUUAAAUACAUAUUUUUUAAGGGCAGCUGGAGGACGUAUGAUAAUGAAAAAACAUAUGUGACUUAUGAGACGGGGUUUCUCCUUCUCCAUCUACCAUGCAGAUGUUCAGUCCUUUCACUCUCUAACAGGUGCCUCUAUUUUUUAUUCCUCAUCAGACAGCUUCUCAGAGUUGAAUGUGGGCGGAGCUUAGCCAGACGUCUGUGAUGUCAUCAGACUUUAUGAAUUAAAAAUAAUGGGUAUGCUCCAUUUGGCUGUGCCACUUCUUUUUAUAGCAACAAGGGUGGGAAAAGCUGCUUAAAUGGAGGGCAGGCAGCAGCUAAGACACCAGGUAUGACGCUGAAACUAUCAAAAAGAAGCAAUUAAAUUAAUCUCUUCUCAGCCUUUGUGUUUGGCAGAUCCACACCCUUACAGUACUACGUGUUCAUCAGGUCUUAUACAGCACCUAGCAAUAAGGAUGAAAGUGGAUCUGCCACGUUCAGUGAAGCCAACCAGUCAUUCAGACACAGUCUGUGCAUCCCCCACAGUCCUGAAAAGAUCAACCCCAACAAUUCAAAUCACCUUUAAGCUUCACCAUGGGAAUGCAGGGCCUUUAGCUCGUCUGAUGAUCUCACCAUUGCCUCAGGAGGAGCUGUAUGCCCCAGAAAUGUCUGCGUCAUCAAGCCCAGUCAUUGAGAACAUUAUGACUGCUCAGUGGCACAGGGUUUAGCUCUGUCACAUCACUGCAACAUCGUCCUGGUAUGAACUGUGGCCAGAUGACUCUCUGUAUGCACUAAUAACUCCUAUAUGCUCCAUUUGUUUCUGCUUUGGCCCAGAGACAAGGCAACUCAGUUGAAAUAGAAACUAAAAAAAUUGCAUGCUUAGAGUCCAAAAGUUCAACUCAAAUUUAAAAAAAGUUGGGAUUGUUUAUAAAAACAGAUUCAAAUGUUUUUUAAAUCAUUCAAACGCUAUAUUUAAUACAUGGGUCUCUAAAGUUUGGGGUCUUCUUUGUUGUACUUUUGGUUUUAUGACGCACCACAUGUCUUCAGUGGGAGACAAACAGGGACUGCAGGCAGGCCAGUUAAGCACCUGGACUCUACAGAGCCAUGCUGUUGUAAUACCUGCAGAAAGUGGUUUGUCAUUGUCUUGCUGAAAUAUGCAAGGUCUUCCCUGACAAAGCCAUUCUCUGGUGGCAGCAUAUGUUGCUCUCAAACCUUUAUAUACUACUCAGCAUUAAUGGUGCCUCCUUGAAUGUGUAAACGAGCCAUGUCGUGGGCUCUAGUGCACACCAUCAUGGAUACUGGCUUUUGAGCCAUGCAUUAAUAACAAUGAUCAAUGAAUGAAUAACAGUCCGUCUGUUUAGAGCAGAGGAAGCAAUAUUGAUGGUUUCCGAAAAGAUUGUCAAAUUUAAUCUGGUCCAUCCAGAUAAGUCCAUCCCAAAUGGACUUGAUCAAAGAGGAGAUGCCUUUGUUCCCAGAUCAUGUCUAUAUAUAGUUCCCUCUUGGUGUGGUACAGUUUUAACCUUGUAGAUUUGUAGAUGCAGCAUAAACUUAAUUUAUUUUUAAGCAAUGCCACCUGAAGAUCACAGCCUUUGAGAUUUAAUUUGUGUCCCUUUUGUACAGAGAUUUCUCUAUAUACUUUGAAUCUCUUAAUGAUAAUUUGCUGUAUGUGAUAAAAUUUUAAAACUCAUUGCAAUUUUAGGAUGAGGAGCAUUGUUCUAGUGUUGCUGAACAAUUUACUCACACACUCUCACAAUGAGGUGCGAGAUGUUCUUCUUGAUGUUUAUUUCUAGCAUCAGUGUUUCCCCUACAUUCAUUCGGCGCUGCUGAACUAUGUGCGAUUGCACCGCUACUGACAUUUCACAUGAUCAUUAAUAUCAAUGCACCACUAAUGAUUUCUACUUGCACUGUUUGAGCACAACAACGCGCAAUGUUCUUUUCAUUGUUUUGAGUCAUCAACAAGCUCAUCAAAUCCUGUCGGACCCCCUUCCAUUAAUGUGAAGGUUAAAGUUCAAGCUUAUACACGGUCUAUAUAGCCAGUACCGCGGGUAACGUAACGUCAUGUGAACAUAACAGCUUAGCUCCUUGAGUGACAAGAGUGGGGGUAACAUUCAGGGGAAACACUGAGCAUUGCACAAUUUUUUGGUGUUUUGUCUUGACUUUUUAAAAUAUGUUGCUGGGAUCAAAUAAAAAAACAAGCAUUUCAUUAUUUUUCAGUUUCAAUUUCUGAUAUGUUGCCUGAAACAUUUUUCAAUUAACUGUUUUAAAUUUGUUGUAAAAUUUGUUUUAAUUAACAUUAUAAGCAGCUUCCUAACUACAGUAUUUUGGCAAUGAAUAGAAAGAAAAUUAAUUAUCGUGCAAAAAAAGUUUGCCAAAGCUGUUGUUUGUUUAAAACGAGCACUCCUUUUAUUAGGGGGGAUGUCACAAUAAAGGCUAUGCGUGGAAAGUCGAAAAUAAGUUACCAAGGCUGGUUCAAACAAGGCUCUAGAUUGAGAAAUGACUUCACUCCCACCAUCUGCUGUGCUGAAGUGAGAGCUGCAUCCCCACAUACCAUGUGUUUAAAUCCAACCGAGUGUGAGAGUUGCUCCUUAAUUUCCUGUCUCCUGUCAGCCCACUCCCUCCCUCUCCUUCACCCUGAAAUAUCUGUUUCAUUUCUCUGGCCAUCUCCUGCUGACAGAUGAAGGAUACAUGUUACUUUAGCGAAAUAUGGCAGUUUGAAUGAGUGGGGUAACAGUUCACCAACGUCAUCUGACUAGUGUGGUUAUGCAGACAAGAGCGAGGAAGUAACACGCUUUCGUAGCUAAGCAGAUAUUGGACACAAGUGUGAAAUCAUGACAUAGCAGCAUGAAAUCCCUCAUAGUCUGGCUCUCUGCUGUGGAGACAUGAACCACCACCAACUCAGAGGGUUCAUCUCAGUGUGCUGGAGGGAUGCUCAGUGAUGAGCUUAGCAUUAGCUUCCAGGAUUAUAGUGUUUUAAGUUUCUCUCAUUCACAGAGGUUUCACAGGAUUUUCCUCCCUGCUCAGAUCAAACUCCAGGAGGGAAACACCACGUUUUUUUGCAUUAAUUCGGCACAAAUUAGCUAAAUUUAGAGAUAGUGAAUAUUUCAAAAAAGCUCUUAAAAUCAGGAUUUAGCGCCUGGAUUUUCUUUGUGCUUUUUGCCUUUUCGGAGCAGGCCUGUAUAAUGGAAAUGGCCUGGAUCCUCAGUUUAAAGGAUGAAUGCUAAAGUAGGUGAUAUGUGACCUGGAUACUCGGAUCUGCCGUGGAAAAGCUCCUCAGGCAGUAUUCGUAAGUAUCCAGCAGCAAGCAACAUGAAAAUGACGUCUGAUUUUUCAAAAUCUGAGGAAAUCAAGCUGAAGUUCUCAAAGAGGGUUUUUUUAAGGACAGCGGGUUUUCAGGAGGUGCUUAAGCGCUCACAUGGCAGCCAUUACCUCAGACGUCAUCCUCAGGAUGGGAGGCUCAGGAGCUCAAAAAGAUGAAUGCAUCAAGUUUAAUGAUUUGGGAUUCCCAUUAGUUAUUAUGACUAGAACAGUGAGUCGAUGUUAAACUCAUCAUGUUGAUCAUUUCCACUGAAUCGUGUCAGGCCUUACUGUUAUAUGGUGUGUAAUGCCAUAUCACAUCACAUCAUAUCUCAUCAUAUUGUAUCACAUCAUAUCUCAUUGUAUCAUCAUUUUUGUAUUGCAUCAUAUCAUGUCCUGUUGUAUUGUGUUGUUGUGUUGUAUAAUAUAAUAUCCUAUUCCAUUAUUCAUAUCAUGUGUUCAAUUUGUACGUAUCAUAUCAUAUAGUAUUCCAGCCUCUCUACCCUCUACACACUUCAGCUCUGAGGGACGGCUCUUGUAAGCGCUGAAUAAUACUAUGAAGAGCUGUUUGGGAGCCAGUUCUUGCUGAUAGAAAACUCUAAAAGGAGCCAAAUUCUCAUCACUUGUUGCAGCUAAGAUUGAGGUUGUAAAUCUGAAUGAGGAGAUGGAUGAAAACUCUGCUCAUGCAUUGUUCACUGUUAAUUUAGGCCAGGAUUUUAAAGCCAAAGUAUCAUCAAAGUUGACAUCUGUUAAGGGAUCGUAAUGGUAAUGGAGGCUUUUUUUAAAUUAAUUGUGACAACCUCUGUUUGUAUCAUAUUGUAUCUAAUUGUAUCGUAUUAUAUCGAAUCGGAUCAUAUCAUGAAUUACCAAAUUGUAUCGAAUCGUAUCCAAUUGUAUAGUUUUGUAUCGUAUCGUAUUGUAUCGAAUCAUACCAUGAAUUAUCGUAUUGUAUCGAAUUGUGUUGUAUUGAAUUAUAUCAUAUCGUACCAAAUCGUAUUGUGAAGUACAGCAUCUUAUCCUCUGGUAUUGUAUCAUAUCGUGUUGCAUCCUAUCACAUCAUGUCAUAUUAUAUUAUAUCAUAUCACUAUCACCAAAACUAACAAAGCAAAACUGAGACAGAAAACAGUAAAGACGUCCUCUCAAUCCCUAAGGUCAUCCAUCAUGCAUAUUAAAUUCCCUCACAAAAAUUGCCUGGGAUUCUUAUUUGUCUUGAAAUUCAUCCUAUCAGUGACAUUUGUCUGACAUUAUGUCAGAAAUCAUGUUUCUGAACCCUGAGCACACAGCCAGAGGAAAAUGGCCAUGGUGUGAAUAUGGCGAAUAAACAAAGGGCUUGACUGGUACAUGCUUUGAUAGUUGCAGGCUGCUGCUUUGCUCAGAGGUGUGGACAGUUUUGCAGCAGUGUGAGACAGUGCUGUUUUCUCGCACAUACAUCAUCAUAAGAACACCAGGGAGGAGAGGACAUCCAUAUUCAUCAUCAGCAGAAAGGAGUGGGGGAUAUAGGCUUCUUCUUUUGUACUGGGAGGGAAUGCCCCUCGCUUCUGUGUGUCCCUGUGAGUGUGUGUGUCCCUAUGUGUGUGUGUGUGUUUGACGGCAGUGACGUUGAUGCUAGGUCAGACUCGUUUAGCCUCCCUGAGAUGAGGAGUGAAGGUGAGGCUGACAGAGUGGGGAUGGGUGUGUGUGUGUGUGCGCGUUAUAUGGGCUUGGGAUGGAGAUGCUGUCACAUCCCCACCCCCACUCACACACAUACACACACUUUUUCCUCCGGUACUAAAAAUAGAAUGAGAGAGAGCAGCUGGAAUGGCAAGUGAGAAACACACACACAUGCAUAUAUACACACACACACACACACACACACACACACACACCCAGUGUACAUUGAGAUGCACAUUGAUUCCUAUUGCCCCCCUCCUAAUUCUAUCUCUAGCUCCCCCCCUCCCUCACUUAUUGAAUCUACUCCUGGCUAUUUCCUUCACAAUGCUUCCUGCUGCAACUUCUUUUUUUCUUAUCUUUGAUGUGCUGUGAAUAUUUGGUACCGAUAAGAGUCUUUUUUUACGAGGGGAACAUAAAGCUAUUUAAAUAAUUGGAGAAAAUGAUGACUCCACGUUCACUGCUAACCUCCAUAUCCCUCGUUUCCUCCCUAAAAGAGCAUAACAAUUGUGCCUUUGCCUCCCAUUUUCUGCCUUGCAUUAUCAUUUCUCCUGACUCCGUCCCCCAUCUCCAUCUCCAUCCUUUUAUUCAAAUGAGAGAAACCUGUCUUGGUUGCCCCUUUUCCUUUGGAUACCCUUCAGAGCAGUCCUUGUGGACAGCAUACCCAUUCACAGCUAUAAAUAACUCACUCUCUCUCCUCCUCCACACCUCCUCCUCCCCAACUUCACCACCACCACUUCCACCCCCUCUUCCCUCGCUCAUCCUCUAGCAGGGCCAUUUGCUUCUGGGCUUGCUGUCUGGGGUUCUCCCCUCCUUUCUCUCUCUCUCCCUCUCUGUGCUGUCUCUGUGGACCUUGCUCCGCCUCGCAGGCUCCAGUUUAUAACCCAACAAGCACGAAUAUCUGCUCUUCCCUUUUCUCUGUUAUAAACCUCACAUUUAUGAAACUGGUUUCCAGACAGCAGCUGAUUUCAUAGCAGGUCAUCCUAUCAGUCAUAAAGCCUGAGUUGUCUGUAGGCACAGGAUUGUGGCUAAUUGUACAAAGUGGCAUAAAGAUGAGGGUCCUGCCUUUGUUGCACCUGGAAGAUACUCUUGACUGUAGAGAAAUAAUGCUAGGAUACUAAAAAUGUCACAUGUGCGACAACUUCCUAAAUACAAAUACAAAGAAUCAAGGGCGACAUCGUGCUGCACUCGGACAGAUUGAUGCAAUCUACUUUUUCACAUCCAAUUUUUCAGUGGGCCAAUCUUUUAUCUCGUCUCCAUGGCUCAGCCCUCACCGUAAAAAUCUCACCUCUACUUCCCAGAAUUAAAAGUUGUUUCAGCUAUGAUGAAGCUGGUGACCAAAAGACAUAUUAAACACCUGCUUCCCCAGUCUGGGGUCUGUGUGGAGCUCAUAACUCACUUUUAUGGUGCACACGAUUGAGUACAGAAACCUUAAUGCAUCUGAUUCUGGGUCAUUUUUUUAAGGUAACUGGCCCAUUUUUCAACAAACUGAAUGCUGAAUGGAGGAUUUGGUUUUGUAGUACAUGACCAGUUUUUAAAAGGAGGAUUUUGUUCAGAAUUAACUGUGAAAUCUCCUAAAGAAAUCACUGAAUCGUAUUUUCUACAGGACAGAACAGCAAAGUUUACACCAUCAAAGGGGCGCCUAAAUUUCUCAUGACAAUGAAAUAAAAAGACAUAACAGAGCCCUAAUCUGCCUGCUGAAUUUAUGCACACAGUAUGACAGGACACAAUGAAAGUCAAAGAGGACUCUUCCACAUCCGCUCUGAAAAGGACAGAUUGCAUCACAGAUUUAAGUCCUCCAUGUUGCUGGUUGUUAUGUCUGGUCUGCCUCUAACUGGAUUUAGAGCCAGAACAGCGGACUAAGACGGAUUUAAACCAUUGUUCGUUUUGAUCUCAUUAGUUUAGUGGAGCUAAGUCUUCAAAAGCUUGCAUUCAGUUGCCAUGUCUGCAUAAGUAAAUGUAACACAAUAUUGGUUUACAGCAAACCAUAUCCUGGUAGUUUUACUUGUUUAUGUAAAAUUUCAGUCGCAUUAGAGUAGGAAAGAAGCGGAGCGAAAAAUACAGAAUGUGGUUUGUUGGGGUUAUGACCAUCAAUAUCAAGAUUUAUUUUUUAACUUUUAGGCUGUAACCGUAGACUGUAUAUAGAAUGGACACCAUCUGCCUCCUCGCUGGGUGAAGCCACCGUGAGAACAGCAUCCUCUGUUGACGGGCUGCAGUAUAGGUCAUAAAUCCUGCCUCCUCCAGCAAUCCCUAUGGCACUGACAAACUUUAGAAAUUCAUAACACAGAAUAUAAAUUUUUCUCCUCCCUGCUUGUGAUGUUGACAUCAGUAGUUACUGUGAGAUUGGUUUGUGCUCAAGUCCCCUUUUUUCUGUACAGCACCAUUUUUAAAAGUUAUUAAGGGGUUCAUCUUUUCUAUGAUUGACACUUGAUAGCUCACCCGAGGGAUAGACUGUUUGAGCCGAGUGUCAUCACGGCGACUCUCUGCGACUCUCCCACUGAAUGUGUACAAUGCUACUGCGCAAGUAGCAGAGUGCGUACAACGCUACUGUGCAAUGUUGGUUCAGGAAGUGGAGAAAAAUCGCAGAAAUACCAAGAACUUUUCGGCUUCAAAUCCAUAUACUGGCGGAGGCUGGAACCAAGUUGUCCACAGUAUAUACAGUCUAUGGCUGUAACCUGCACUGUUGCCUCCUGCUGGCAGUUAGAAAGACUGCAAAAUAAAGAUACAGGCUAUUUUCACUCCUUAUACACUGUCUGUGUUUUCAUGAUUGACUUUUAUCCAAUACAAUAAUUUGUGUGGGAUUAGACUUGACCAUUAGAAUAUAUUCAGAUAACUUUUUCCACCAGACAAUCAGUGUUGGAGUAAAUCUGUGACACCUCAAUUGCUGAUAUUCCCACACACGACAAUAUCCAUUGAGAAUGUAAUGAAAGCAAUAACACCUUCACCCUUUGUCUUCUUCCUGUUUCAGAUACCCCAUCCUGGUCAUGGCUGCCACAGUUCUGCAACCUUCGAGACCUCCGUCGCCGAGCCCAGCUCAGACAGCUGGAAGACUCCAGCGGCAACAUGGUCCACAUCAAGCAGAAGCUCUACCACAACGGCCACCCCAGUCCCCGCCACCUCUGACUUUAAAACACAAAUAAAAGUAAAAAAAAAAAACAAUACUCCCUUUCCCUGAGACUCCUCCUGUCUUCUCCAAAACCUCCUGAUCCCACUUUCCAAACUGCCCCUCGGCCAAAUGUUGCCUCAGAGACCCUGGAAAACUGCCCUCCCACUGUUCAUAAAAUUGCCACUUAAAUCCCCCACAACAGGACUUUCUUAUGUCUGAACCGGGCCCCUGUCAGCACUAAAAUAUUCCCAAAAUGGAGCAAGAUGAUAAUUAUUUGUUUCCACUAAAAUCUUGUCUUAUGUCCACGUCCACCAUUGUGGGAGGAGGGAGAAAAAAAAACAUUUUUAAGGGUGUUUUUUCUGUAUAGAGACAUUUUCUGUGUUCAUUGUUAACUUGGCAUGCUCUUUUAGAACAGGGUAAGAUGUGGGCAGCGUAUGGAGCGGGGCGGCAAGACGGGUGUCAGGAUAUUUUUUUUCUCUAUAGGGUGGGAGUGGGACUUUGUUGGCGUGGGGAGGGGUGAAUGAGACUGCUGGGUGGGUGGGUUUUUGUGAUGGUUGAGAUUGCUGCUUCUGUAAAUAGUUAUAAAUACGGGAAAGUGGGAUUUAACAGUCUUUAAAAGGGGGAGCGUGGGGGGAUUUUUGUGUGAGUCGUUUAUCAAUAGAAAAUUAAUGACGGGCUGUGUGCGUAAAGAUUAGAGGAAUGAACCAGAAAGACGAGUUUGUUUGAAAAUUGGAUGUGAAACCAUGUGAUUUCUGCUAAAAACACAGAUUAAUUAGCUUUGUUACUUAGUGAAUUAACUGAAUGUAUUAAUUUUUCCUGUAAAUAUGUGAGGGGGAGGGGAGCGUGAGGGGUUCUGGUUGGGGUUCUCUUUGCUAUACUGUCAUCCUUUAGUGGACACAGGAGGAGAAAUAAAUGCCAGCCAAGAUGAGUCAGUUCAACACGUACACACACACACACACACACAUAUUCACACACACUUACACACACAUACAAAAACACCUCCACCUUCCUCACACUGUGCUCUACAGCACAGUUCAAUUUUCUUUAUCCAAUUCCCUCACACUUAUCAGGAGCAACCAGCCUAUCAGCAGAGGGAACCCUCUCCCAGCCCUCCCCUCGUCCUCUCUGUCCAGACAUUGCUGUUGUGAGGAUGAAAUGUCUGUUUUAUUAAAAGUGCCAUUGAAGCACAACAGUGACC